GCUGAGAGCGUGUAUAUCUGAGCUCAAGAUCUGCACGGGGAAUCAUCAUGUUGAGAAGGAAGAAGUGGUACUAAAUCAAAGGAAAAAGGUCCCUCCUUACAUUUGGAAAGGAGAGAAGAUAAAGUCGCCUUUUAGCUCUCCGAGGAGGUAGGUUCACAUUGUAACCUGCAGGAUACAUUUUAAAAUUCAGAAUUAGUCUGAUUGAUAGAGAAAUCUCCGCAGAUUUCAUUAACCAGGUGCUAGAACACUGAGAGGUAAAAUUUUUAAUUUAGGUUACUAUAAAAUGAUUCUUAUUUAAAAACUUGUAAUUAUCUUAAAUAUAUUUCCUGCUUAAGAAACUGUUAACUAGUCAGAGGUGUUCCUUUAUGCCAAGCUACAAAGUAUCUUAAAGACUUUACUAAGGAAAUCGCAUGACGUCUCUCUGUGAGUUUAACCUAGUUACAUUGUAUAUCACAUAUACUUAUCAUGGUUUCUUGAUAUAGCCAUACCUUGCCGCCUGACCUGUUAAUGUGACUAUGUGAGGUUUUAUAAAUCUGAUUCCACUCUAAGAAUUGUAGGAAUGUCUGUAUCAUUUAUGAACAUCAUUUAGUGUGUGUGUGUGUGAUUUAUAAGGAAAUCUUCUUUAUUCUUCUUUUCCAUUCGGUUCUAAAGCUCCAAUUAAACAGAAAUGCAAUUAAGGGGAUAUUUCUAUAGAUAAAUUAUUAAGUAACUGUGAACUUAUUACAAAUGUAUGUACUGCAUAAAAUACAUUAGUCUCCUAUGGGUCAAAAAUCAAUAUAUUAAACAAGUGAGCGUCAUGUUAAAAGAUGGAGUUUUGGAUCAAUUUUUUUAAUAUACUUAAUAUGUACUAUUUUUACAUAUUUAAUAUCCUUACCAUGUAAUAUACUGUGUAAUAAUCGUAAUAAUACUUUGCAUAUUAUAAUUAUAGUGACUGAUUUCUAUCAUCUUGUUUAAAGUUGAUAAAGAAAUACGUUUCCUCUAGAUACAACACUAUGGAAAUUAUUGGCUAUUUAUACAUAAAGAACAGACACAUAAUUUGGCCCAUUCCAAAACUAGACAACACAAAAUGUAAUCCAGUAGAAUAUCAGUUCUUGAUUUUGGUUACAUUUCUUCUGUUUUACUUGACUUGUUAUUUAAAGAAUGAUAUAUAUAGACUGGAUUCUUUAAAUGUGCUAGUUAGGGAGUCAGUCACUAAACAGUGAGGGUUGUUGAGCUGGUAAUCAGCUUAAAAUGCUUAUGCCAAAACAGAAUUGAAUACUUUUUCCAGUUUGGUUAUCUUGUCCUGAUAUUUUGCCAAGGCAGUUCACAAAUCACAGCAACACACUGUGGAGUAAGUCAACCCUUAAAGGACCACUAUAGUGCCAGGAAAACAUACUCAUUUUCCUGGCACUAUAGUGCCCUGAGGGUGCCCCACCCUCAGGGUCCCCCUCCCGCCCGGCUCUGGAAGGGGGAAAGGGGUAAAAACGUACCUUUUUCCAGCACUAGACGGGGAGCUCUCCUCCUCCGUUCCUCCUCCUGGGCUGAAUGCGCACGCGCGGCAAGAGCUGCGCGCGCAUUCAGCCCGUCGCAUAGGAAAGCAUUUACAAUGCUUUCCUAUGGACGCUGGCGUACUCUCACUGUGAAAAUCACGCAAGCGCCUCUAGCGGCUGUCAAUGAGACAGCCGCUAGAGGCAUUGGGGGAAGGCUUAACCCAUUCAUAAACAUAGCAGUUUCUCUGAAACUGCUAUGUUUAUAAAAAAAUGGGUUAACCCUAGCUGGACCUGGCAGCCAGACCACUUCAUUAAGCUGAAGUGAUCUGGGUGCCUAGAGUGGUCCUUUAAGCUGUAUAAAUAUGUUCAAUAGAAUAUAUCAGGUAAAGAGGAUUGUGUGAAAGGGAACAAACUCCAAUUGUUCAGAUUUUCUUUCCCCAGUGGAUUUCAAGUUUACAUUGGGCAUUCAUAUAGUGACAGCUGGUUUUCAGGAACAAGAUCAAAGCACUCUUAGUUUGCUAUACCCAUAUCUCAAUCAUAUUUUAUUUGUGACUUCCCCACAAAAAGGACCCAGAUAAUGAAAAUCAUAAUGGCAUCUAAAUACUUCAAAUUGCUUCCAGGCUUAAGGAUGUGUCUUUCGGGUGCAAACAAAAUUACUACCAUCUGAUCUUUUUCUGGGUAUAAAUUGUAAAUGUACAACUAAUUACAUUGACACUCAUGUUUCAGAGUUUAAACAUGAAUAAUUGUUAUAGGGAAAUGGACUCCAUUUACAGAAAUGGUGUCUUAAUGUUCAAUGGUAUGAAGGCAAUUAGGCCAAUGAAAAAGCUUUUGUGAAUAUUGUAUAGUAAUUGUACAUGUCCUUUGGGGGUUAAAAGGGCUGGUAUGGUUUAAAAUUACUAGAGCAUGAUGCCGACCUAUAUCCCUGUUUAUUUUAAGGCAUUGUGAUACUUUACAUAAUGUCUCUCUAUGCAUCAGUUAUUGGAAACUCCGUUCUGUAAUACUGUGUUGAGAUCACCUUUUUGGUGUUUUCUAAAAAAUAAUCUAAUGUACCCCGAUAAGUCUGUGUAUUUGCAGCAGUGAAGUGACUUUAGCAGAUUUGGAUGUAUCAUCCCAAGAACUGUUAAUGGACACACACGUUUUGCUUACAAGAGCAAUACCAUAAGAUUCCAACACCAGGAUAUUGUACCCUUUUCAAAAUGCAAUAUUGAGGUUGUGUUUAUAUUUACGCACAAGGAUACCUUGUAGCAUGCCGUUUGUCUUGCAUUUGCCUACAAAUUAUUUUUAAGCGUACUUUAUUUCUUGUAAAAUUAGCAACAUAAUUAGGACAGAGUGUUAUUGUUGGUUGUAGAUGGAGACGUACUUUGAUCUGUAGAUGUAUGUUGUGUAAGAGUGAAAAUAGUGCAAGGCGGCUGCGCAGAGCAUAUACUGAUUUGCCAUAGAUAAGUAAAUUAUUGUGAAAUGGCAUGUAGCAACAAACUGGGGUGGCUAUAUAUCCGGGGAGCCUGUGUCCCCUUUUAUUGUGUCAUUCUAGAUAGAUCAGGUAAUCAGUUAUAUAAGUGUGCGGGAACUAGAGUGAUCCAUAAUUUCAAGUCUAAAUUGAGAUAGAUUAUUUUCUGUGUCCACUUUAUUGAAUAGGUUGAAAGGAUAAAACAUUAUAUUUGUUGCAAGCGCUAAAUUAAAGUUCUGUAAUGUUGGUGACAAUUGCUGUGUGUGGACUUAGGAAAUGUUAAGACAUUAGUAUGUCUCAUCUCAACAGCACAUUGUAAAACUUUCCACUGGCAGACUUUUAAAACCUUAAGGACACAUGACAUGUCUGACAUGUCAUGAUUCCCUUUUAUUCCAGAAGUUUGGUCCUUAAGGGGUUAAAAUGCCUGCGAGACUGAAAUUAGUGUUUAUCUUUGUACCUAAACAGUUGCCUGAAACGGUAACUAAACAAUUAACUUUGCAAGAGAAAUUUGACUGUUAAAUUAUUUGGAAAAUUGUCAGCCUUAGGGAUCGAUAGCUUGAGAGCUAUAGCCAAUUGCUUUUAAAAAACAUAUUCAUAUAAAGCAAGACCAGUGUUUAUUUACAUAGAAAAUGCAAAUAUGAUUGUUCUAUCUGCAACAUGUAUUCAAGAGUAAUCUGACUCUAUACUUAAUUACCAUUUUAAGUGGACACUUAAAUCAAUCUAGUCAUUAUAGUUUACACUACAGGAGCCGUUGACAAUUAGAUGAAUCCUGCUUAGCCAAACAUGUAUUUAAAAGUGUGGAAUAUAUGAAUACACAUUUUUACACAAUUUGCAGAUUAAAAAUAAAAAAUCACUUCCUUCUAGAUUAUGAUCAAUAGUAACAACAGAUGCUCAUGCCGUAACAAAGGUAUUUGUCGUGCUGUAUGCGUAGUGAUAUCUUUCCACACCUACAUUUAAAGAAUUGUAUGUAGAUGUCCUUUAUUGAGCAAUCUUAGUUACAUAGAACCAGACCUAAUUCACUAUGAUCAGAUUUCCUUUGUAAAAGGUCUAAUAUUUCUAAUGUGUUGUGAACUCGAGAAGGAUGCGACUGCUUAAUGAAUCCUCUACAAUGAGGGUAAUAAUACAAGUGCAAAAAAAUUAGCAAAGGCUCCUUUCCAGGUGAGUGUAUUUAAUGAAAUCGGUUAAAAAUGUCUGACCAGAUUUACACUGUAAAUUGCCAGGAAUUUGAAGUGUAUUUUAAAAUUGAAGAAGACAAAAUAGCUGAAAAAGAAAACCAUCUCCAAGUUAGUUCUGUUCUCAAAUUGGCUGUUCUGGUCUUACAUUUAAAAUUUGUAAUUCCCACUUUUAGUGACUAACCUUGUAAAUGUUUAUUGUUACAAUACGUAGAAAAUAUGUCUGAAAUUGAAGAAAAUGGGAGUGAUGUUGCAUUUAGGAUUGUAAACCAGACCUAAGUAGCUCCUCUCAAAAAUUGUCUUGCAGUUUCUUAAAUUUAAUGUUGUCUAAGAACUCUGUAUUUUGAGAUUGCAAUAGGACCAAGGGUAAAUGGGAAAAGGGACUCAUUCAAGAAGAGUAUUAGGAAACACAGGGGAAUCAACUCCAACAAUUGAGCCCAGCUGAUGAAAAUAAUGUAAAAAUUUAUCAUAGCGCUGAAUCAGAAGGGAUUUUGUCCACAGGAGGAAUGUCACCCAGCCAGCUGUAAUGCACAUAGCAGAUAAACGUGUAGCUGGACUGCACAUAUAGACAACCAAACACACCAAUAUGUGUCACCUUAGUACACAACAACCACACAUGCAAUAGAAUUCUGGCACAGGGAAAUGUCCCUGGGCACAGGGGAGUGCUGGAGGUAGAAUUGGCAUUGGUGUGAGAGUGAUAGAUAGAAAGUGACAAAUCAGUUCUGAUUCAAAAGAAACAUUAUUUUAAUGUCAGAUGGAUAUUAUUUAAAUGAUUGUAUAAUCUAAACUGUAAACUUUAAAAAUGAUAACGCGAUGGCCCAGGUGAUUCAAUAAAUACAGUGGCAGUCACAAUGUGAACAUGUAACUACAUUGAAAGUUUUAGGUUCCUGAUUGUUUAUUUAAUUUUUUUUGAAAUCUGAUUGCAACACAUUUUCUGGACUUCCCCUAAUCAGAAACCGUGACUUUUCAGAUGAUCAUCUCUGUAGUUCUACUAUCCUGUUUCCUGAUUUAAAACAACCCUACUGUCUAGUCAUUGUUAAAUGUUGGUGACAUCAUGUUUUUUUUACUAGCAGGGUUUAUUCCACCAAAGCCAUGGCCGCAAACACUUGGUGUAACAUCCGGCUCUUGUGUAACAAUAUAAACGUAUAUAUAUCUUUAUAAAUCAUUAUACUGGUAACUAAUCAGGCAUCACUUUAUUAUUUCAGACUUUUUUUUUUUUUUAAUGGAUACAAUUUUGUUUGCAUGUUAUGUGUAUAAGCAGGUCAUAAACAUAAGGAUUCCAUUAUAGAGAGGACAAAUUAUACCCUGUAAGAAUAAAUAGCCAAAUAAUAAACAAGGCACCAUAUUGAUACUGAGUUUGCACUACUAAGUGAACAGUUCAUAUUAAAUCCUUAUUUUUCCAGAUAUUUAUGGCACAGCUUCCAAGUAUCAAGUAAUGUUGUGCAAACUUUGACAAAUGAUAUUUUGGUAAUUCAUAUUGACUGCAAAAUUAUUAGUUUGAAAAAAAUAACUUAUAACGUUGACAGAUCUGGUUUAUAAUCGACCCAUUUACUGUGGUGGAAAAGUGUGCUAGGUUAUGUCUAGGAAAAUGAUAUUCCUUCUCUAGACUGGUCUAUAAGACAAGUAUAUCUUGGCUUAUUCAAACGUUACAAAUAAUUUAGCUCAUUUCACAUUAAUACUAACAAAGAACUAAAAUUCUUUGUGUUUCUAACACACCUCCCAUAUAUUUAUAUUUUAAAUUAAAUAGCACCUUUAGUCUGUAUUACAAGAACCGAUAUCACUGAUUCAAGUGAGAUGGUCAAAGUCAAAUUAUUAAGCCCUACCAAGUUUAUUCUGUGUGUAAAGUCGCCAUUACGCUCUCUAAACAUGUCAAUGACAAUGUCAGACAUUGCAGAACCGCAAAAACAUACAUUUUGCUGAUGCACAUGCAUAGAUUAAGAAAUAUACUUACUUACUUAGAGAAGAAGCACUUAUGCUUUUCCAUUUGAGCACCAGGUUCUGCAAAGGAAGUACAAUUUCAUUAUUUAAUCUAAAAUAACUUACAUUUAUAAUAUAGAUAAACUGAAAAGCUCAACAAAAUAUGCCUUAUCUUCCAAAUCUGGUUUUCUCUGUCAUGUAUUGUAGUCACACUGACACACACCAUAUAGCAAUGUUCAUAUGUACACUAGUACAGAUAAACAACAUUCAUCCUAAACAAUUACCCUGCCAUCCUAAACAAUUUCCUUACUGAUGUUUAUCAUCCUUAACUGUCUGAGCACCUGAUAAAUUAAUUUAACUAGAAAUGAAAGUUCAGAUACACACCAAAGGAAAGAAAUGAAAAUGAAAGGAAUAAGAAAUAUUUUUUGCUAUUCCUGACAUAUUUGACAUAAUGUAUACAAUAUACAGUAUGUAUAAUGAAGUACUGUUUUUCCAUAAUGCUGAUUUCACAUAACUAUUCUAAGAAACUGACAGACAAAAUAGAUGUUCAUUUUGCUGUAACAAUGCAUCAGUGAUUUUUUUUGUGUUAAAUUACAUUUUCAAGACUCUGUAUACAAUUGGAAGCACCCUUGACUAGAUCACUCCUUAAUCAUGUAAUAAUGUUGAUCAAAUAAAAAAGCAGACAUAAAAAAAGUGUAGUAGAAGUAGGCAUACAAAUGUAGACUGCAUUAUCCUUGCCCAAUAAUUUUGAUAAUGUAGUUUUAAUAGAUCAUAGCGCUAUAAUAUAGAGCAAUAACCAUGAACGCAAGACUAAGGCUAACCCUAAAUGUGACCCUAACCCCAAGCUAAUGACAUGAAUGACCUAAUUAUAAUUUGAAGCAAGUAACUUUUUAAAAUGACAAGAAUCUGACGCAAGUAGAACCAACAAUAAACUAAAGCAAGCUUUAAGAUUGUGGCACUUGAGCUGAUAAAGUUUGUAUCACUAGUCAAAAUCAUAAAUAUGCUUUUAAACAAAAGUUAUAAUAAACAUCAUUAAAAAAAAAAAUCAGGAUACUUAGAUUAUCAACUUAAAGGGACACUCCAGGUACCCAGACCACUUCUGCCCAUUGGAGUGGUCUGGGUGCCAACUCCCACUACCCUUAACCCUGCAACUGUAAAUCUGCAAUAAUUACAUUGCAGGGUUAACUCCACUUCUAGUGGCUGUCUACUAGACAGCCACUAGAGGGCUCUUCCUGGUCUAUAGCACAGGUUUUUCUGUGCUAUAGCGUCGCUGGACAUCCUCACGCUAUGUGAGGACCUCCAGCGUCGCUAAAAUCCCCAUAGGAAAGCAUCAAAAGCAUUUUCAAUGCUUUCCUAUGGGGAGGUCUAAUGCACGUGCGCGGCAUCGCUGCGCAUGCACAUUAGGUCUCAUUCCGCCGGCGGCCGCGCAUGCACAAUCGGUUUCCCCGACGGCUGAUGUCGGCGGGGGAGGACCGUGGGCGGGCCCUAAACCAUCGGCGGUGGUCUCAGGUAAGUCACUGAAGGGGUUUUUUGACCCGUUCAGCAACAUGGGAUGGGGGUUGGGAGGGAGAGGGAACCUACAGUGCCAGGAAAACGAUUUGUUUUCCUGGCACUGGAGUGUCCCUUUAAAAAGUUCUUCAAUGAAAAAUAAGUUUUUAGUGACCAUCUUUAACAAAAUUAAUACACAAAAACAUCUGUAUCAGGAUUAUUUGUAAGUUAUUCUAAUGCUUUCAAAAGGAGGACGUGUUCAUGCAAGCGAGUAGUCAACAGAUGGCAUUACUCUGGGGUGGGAAGAAAUGGAUUUACCAAAACAAAACAAUAAAAAAAACUCCAGUUGAUUGAUUUAUAACAUGCAAGUCAACUGACAAUCAAAUCAAUCCCCAAAUCUGAAAUCACAAAGUGUAUGCUUUGCCAUAAAAGAGAUUUCAAAAGACUUGUGGAUGUGAAGGGAGGACCUUUGGGUCAAAUAUAAUCAAACUGAUUUUUUUGUGUGCUCACAAUUCAGAUUUCUGAUCUUUAGCAGUAUUAUCUGACCUAUGACAGACUCUAUGUCUUGCAACUCCAUUGCCACCAUUGAUAACUAGCAUAGCAUGUGUUCAAUCUGUGGUCACUGGUAGUAAACACCUACAAGGAUAUUCUACAGUUUAUGUAGUUUGACAGAUUAUUUAACUGCAUAUAUUGCAGUCUAUUGGUGGUUAAUGUAGUGCGUAAUCCCAGGCCUGGAGAAGAUUGAGAUCGGGGGUCACCAACAUAUGCCCAAACCCACACAGUGCAGGGGAGAGGGAUGGGACACCUCCCUUGUCAGCACUUCUGUGGCUAAUUACCUUUCGAUCUAAUCUUUCAUUUUACCAUAUGAUUCUUAGUGUGAGUUUUAUCUACUGUACUUUAGCUUCGGCAGACUGUCUUAUCAGAAAUAUAGUUCAAUUAGCCUUUCCCAACAUUAGUGCGAAGGUCACCAUGACUUUAGCUUCUAUGCAUGUGUUUGAUUGUAUCAGGAAGACCUGUUUUCUUUGCUAACUGCUGCUGUUGUGUCAUGCUUAAAGGGACUGCCCAAAUUAAUAAAUCACUAUUUAGUUGAAAUAUCCCAAAUUAAAACUCAAACAUUUAAUUAUGCAUUUUUUUCACUGGAAGUAUAUCUUAAACAGCUUGUAAAAGCCACAGAUCUCUUGUCUCCAGCCUUUGCAAGCCCUCCCCUUCUAACCCUGCCCAGACAUUCUGUGGCUGUCCAAUCACAGAUUUCCCAAUACAGCUGAAUGAGAAAUCUUUGCAAGACCAUUGCUCUGGGCAAUUGUUGCCUCUUGAGUUUAGCUCCACUGAGCUAACCAUACCAGGAAGUAACUUAAAUAAUUUCCUGACAGCCAGGGUGUGUAGCAAGAUUAAUUUAUUAAAGUACCAAUUUCUAUUGAAAUCUGAACAUUUUGUAAAAUAAAAAAAAGGACUCCCUCUUCACACAUAAUGCACUUUAGCAUGCUGAAAUGCUUGGAGUGUGCUUCUAAAUUGUAUUUGUCCCUUCGUAACACUUUCUCCAAAUCCAUAUUUUGUUUACAAUGUUACGAAUAUUAAUCAUUAAUGAUACCAGAUCUAGAAAGUCACAAGAUUAUGUAAUGCACUGAAUUCAAAUGAUUUUGAAUGAUCAGUCCUUUGAUACUCCUUUUUACAGCACAAUAAAACAGAUAGAUAUGCUUUAUUGCUAAAGGGACACUCCAACAUUAGAAACAAAUUCACAAAAUAUAUUGUUUGUACUGUUGGGGUGUCCCUUUAUUAUUUUAGAUCUAGGGCACCCCACUGUUUCUCUAACAUCGUUUGGUGUGAAGUCAACAGAUAGGGCACAAUACAGUCAUACUGUUUUAAAAAGGAUUUCUCCAUUCUGUACAGUAUACAGGAAACAUUGUGCCAUUGUAAUUUUGAAGCUGAAUGUUAGUGUAUAUCAGAUGUGUUCUGAUUGCAGACUUUGAGUAAUUAAGAUGUGUUUCAGUGAAUUAUUAACUUGCUUGGAUAUUGCUUCGAGUCCAAACUGAAAAAAGAAAACAGGAGAAGGAAUUUUCCAUAGAUAUGUCUAUAUAGUUCUCUAGUAGACUAUGUAGUUCUCAAAGACUAGUUAAAGAAACACUAAGGACACCAGAAAAACUACAGCUUAAUGUAGUUGUUCUGAGGAGUAUAAUCACUCUGUGCAGGCAUUUUCAUGCAAACACUGCAUUUUCAGGGAAAAGGCAGUGUUUACAUUGCCCCCUAGGGACACCUCCAGCAGCCACUCCUCAGAUGGCCACUGGAGGUGCUUCCUGGGGCAGUGCUGCCGUUCACGGAGACGCUAAAUUUACCUCAUAGGGAUGCAUUGAUCCAAUGCCGGCGCACCCAUGCAGCGCUGGAAAUAAGGUGAGUUUUAAACCCUUCUAAAGGGGCUAUGGAGGGCAAGCCGCCUAAAUAGUGGUUUUAACUCAUGUUUGUGUUCCUGACCCUAUUGUGUUCCUUUAAAGAAAGCAGCCACCCUCUAUCUGUUACAUUUCAAAUACUACUAUUAGAGACAUAGAACACACAAACAAACACUACCACUGGCCAAUGCUAGACAUUUAUCUUUUCUCAAAAUAAAAAAAACAAAGGAAAAUUCAAGUAAUAAAAUAUUGAAUGUAAUAUAUUAAAAUAGGCUAAACCAAAUGUUAAAAAACAGCUGAUAAAAAAUCCAGAAAAGUUAUUGCACAAGUAUAGUAAUAAAAAUGUGAAUCAACGUGUACCCAGAAAAUCCAUUAACUUGCCUGUCCAUUCACUUGCCUAUUAAGCUUUUGAUGUCUAUUUACAAGAUACUUCACAGAUCUGGAACUCCUGCACUCCUGCCCUACUACAGCCCAUACCUUGGGAAUUUACAGUCCAGUUCAGCCACAUCAACCUUUAUUUGUUUACAGCUUCACUUGCUAUCCACUACCAGCAGAAAGCUUAACUGUCCAGAGUCAAAAACAUGUUUACCCUUCCACAGCCUCCCAAGAUCACACAUUAAUAGCUUUUUUUUUUUUUGGUCCAGCCACAUACCAUUUUAUUCAGCUACAGCCCACCUGUGUUCAUUUACAUCCACCCAAACCCACCAUGAUAAUUUGCACAUAUAGUCGCCAAACUCAGCAGCACUGCCUGUUUGAUUGCUUCACUUGCUCUAACAUCAGGAAACUUUUUGUAGCCUCCAAAACACACCAAAUUUCAUCUUCCUCUAGUUAGUUGUGUCACCUACCAUCAUAUUAGGAUGUAGAGUAUGGGGUUCAAAUAUUUAAGAGGGUAUCAUGUCUCAUGUAUGCUGAUUCCAAAACAUUUUAAUUUUCCUCCAAUUGACAUGCAAUGACAUAUCAUCAUAAAAUACACAGUGCAAAUAAAAUUCUAAAAAAUAUAUUCUAGAAAGUAUCUUCACUUAUAAUAUUGGUCUCUCACCCUAAAACAUAACAUGUCUGUGGAUUGGAUACUUGACUAGUAUUAGAGUUUUCAUUGCAGUAGAUGAAAGAUUGUGUUAUUUAUUCCCCUAAAUUUCUCUUCUUUCUCUAGUUUUACGCCUCCAUUUCAUUUAAUGUUCCAGGUCAUAAUAUCAUAGGAGUUUAUUAAAACCUUGUGACAAAGGGUUUUCUUGAGUGUGCCCAAUGACAGGGUGUUUGAAAUGUAUUACUAAAUAACAGGAUCACUUUUAUAACUAUAGAUAGUAUUUUAUGUGUAAAUGAUUUCUUGUUUUGUAACAAUGACGUUGAAAGUUAAAGGGAUCCUAUAGUGCCAGAAAAACAAAGCCGUUUUCCUGGCACUAUAGGGUUAAUAGGUUCCACCCCUCCCACUGGGCUGAAGGGGUUAAAAACCCUUCAACCACUUACCUGAAUCCAGCGCUGAUGUCUCUCUGUGCUGUGCCAUGCUCCGCCCACGCUCCUCCCCCGCCGACAUCAGCUAGCGAGGUAGACCUAGUGCGCAUGCGCAGCAAUGGCCACGUGUGCAUUAGCCCUCCCCAUAGGAAAGCAUUAUUGAAUGCUUUCCUAUGGGAAAAAUCUGACACUGGAGGUCUGUGAGGACAUCCAGUGUCAGAUAACAGACCAAAAGUUAGACAGCCACAGAGGGCAGACUUAGAGCUACAAUGUAAACAUUGCAUUUCUUUGGAACUGCAAUGUUUAACAUUGCAACACUAAGUGCAAAAGGGUCACAGCACCCAGACCACUUCAAUUAGCUGAAGUGGUCUGGGUGCCUACAGUGUCACUUUAAAGGAACACUCUAAUCACCAUAGCCACUAAAGCUCACUCUAGUGAUUAUGUGGCAAAGAGUGCCUUGGCACCCUUCACUGUAAGUAGUCAAACCAUUUGCUAAUGGCUUUACGUCUUACCUGGGCUCCACUAGGCACCAGUCACCUUCUCUAUGAAGAGCAAUAAGCUCCUAUAUGGAGCCUUUGUUAACUCUCCUGAGCUAAAACCCUGCCAUGCAGUAUCAGCUGAUUGGCUGAGAGUGUCAUUUUGAGGGGGUACCAGAGCCUUUAACUCCUUCACUAAUUGACUUGUGUAUACACAAUAUCCAGGGUAUGUUCCCAUACCCUGGAAUUGUGUAUACACAAUUUUAACAAUUGCAAGCAAAAUGUAUUUAUUGCAAACAAAUAUAAUUUGCUAUUGGUGCCCAUUUUAUUAUGGGCAUUCUGCCUCUGAAGCCACUAUUAGAGCACCAACUCAUUGGGGCAUGCAGUCUUUCCUCUGGUCGGUGAUGGAAUCUCAAGAUCUCAUCAUCAGCUCUCUACUCUCUUGCAACAGUGAGGGAACUCCAGGUCUGUACUAGGGAUCGACCGAUAUUGAUUUUUUACAUCUGAUACCGAUAAUCUGUGAACUUUCAGGUCGAUAGCCGAUAAUUUACCGAUAUUCUGUACAUUUACCAUUUUUUUUUGAAAAAACCAAAAAACAAUUUCUACACAAAUCUACUGUUAACUGAACAGGUUUAUUAUUUAUUUUAUUUUUUUGCAGAUUUUUUUAUUAAGGUACAUGCACAAAAUAUACAUGCUAGUCAGAAUUUUUUAUGUUUUCAAGAAUAUAUGUGUGUAGUGAAUGAAGUGAAAGUAUUUGAUUAGUGAAUGCAACGUGUGUGUGUUUGUGUAGUGGAUGCAGUGUAUGUUUAUGUAGUGGAUGCAAUGUGUGUGUUUGUGUAGUGUGUGUAUAGUGAAUGCAGCGUGUGUUUGUGUAGUGUGUAUAUAGUGAAUGCAGAGUGUGUGUUUUGUGUAGUGUGUGUAUAGUGAAUGCAGAGUGUGUUUUCUGUAGUGUGUGAAAAGUGGAUGCAGUAUGUUUGUGUAGUGUGUGUAUAUUGAAUGCAGUGUGUAGUGGGUGUAUAGUGAAUGCAGAGUGUUUGUAUAGUGUGAAAUUGGGGGGGAGAUUUUUAUAACUUUAAAAAAAAAUAUAUAACAUUUUUUUACAUUUUGUUUUAGUCCCCCCUCCCUGCUUCUUACCUAGUCAGGAAGGGGGGAUAUAGCAUUCCCUGGGGGGCCCGCGGCGGUCCUGGGCAGCCCAGCACAUUUCUUACUUACCCUCCCAGCAGCUCCCCUGUCUAACUCUCGCGGCCUACGUGCCGCGCGGAGCGUUGCCAUGGUAACCUGUGGUAAUGCUCUGACAGCCGCGUGACUCGCGAGAGUUAGACAGGGGAGCUAAAGGUAACUACUGGGAAGGUAAGUAAGAGUGUGCUGGGCCCCCCGGGACCCUGAUGGCGGCCAUGGUCUGCAAUAUCGGUAUCUUUAUUGGCCGAUACCGAUAUUGCUGAAAAUACAGAAUAUUGGCCGAUUAAUAUCGGCCAGACCUAUAAUUUGCCAAUCGCUAGUCUGUACCUCCACUAGGCGUAGAUCACUGCCAAUGUUUCCUCCUGAUCACAGAUUGAAAGGAGCAUUUAUAGUAAUGCUUACCUGUUAUGGCGCUCAUUCUCCCCGAUCCAACAAUGGAGCAAACGCUGCACGCUGCCCAAUAAACCCACCUGCCUAAUAUAAUGUAGGUCCCCCUCGUACUAAAACAGCUCUGAUGCGUAAAGGCCUUUUAUUGUGGCCAACCUAAGGCACACCUGUGCAAUAAUCAUGCUGUCUAAUCAGCAUCUUGAUAUCUCGGCAAAGGAGAAGUUCAGUGUAAAAUAGCAUGAUAUUAGCACUUUUUAGCCAAAUAGCAUGUGUACUAGGUAUUGUGCACACUAAUCUUUUAAGAUUAACAACAGAUCACUUAAAGCUAGAUCAAUGUGUAAAUUAAAAUUUGAUCUACAAAAUAAAAAAAGACUUUAGUGUAUUUCUAAAGAGGUAGCUGUGUUUUUUCAGAAAAUAUUACAGGGAGUAGAUUCUGCUGUAAAUCAGAGAGAGUAUUCAUUAUUUAGCCAGGGCUCAACAGCUGUAUUCAAUUGCUGUGUGUCUUCCACAACCUACUUGUGAAAAAAUCCAAGAAAUUUGAUACAAACAUAAUACAAAAAUGUUUUCCUGCGCUGCUUCCAAAGUUACAGCGUGAUUCAGUAGCAAAUCCUUUGCAUCCUCAGCUAAGAAAUACCCCACUAUAUCACUACGAAAAGUAAAUUAUUUUAUUUUAGAAAUGUUAAUAGAGAACGAAUUGGUGACUGAUAAGAAAUAUUAUCCUAUUUUUAUAUCCUCUUUGCCCCAGAAAUUAGCGACAUGGAGAGAAACAAAGAAUAGAGGAAAGUGUCUAAAAUAUUCAAAAACAUUUUUUUAAAUUUUUCCUUUUUGAGCAGUGUGUUUUAGCAAACACUUUUUUGUAUUUUUCAACCAAUUAAACAAUUAGAAGUAGACUUCUGCACAAAUGUUUCAGGUGGUACAAACAAAUCAAAUGCCUUAUUAAUUUACGAUUGUGUGAAUCGAUCCACCACGAUUUACCAGUGGAGUCUUCUUCAAUGAAUAAGACUCAACAGGUAAAUCCUGAAUGGAUUGAUUUGUUUGGGCAUAGAUGAAAAGGAAUUUGAUAAAUUUAUACCACCUGAAAUGCAUUUGUUCACGAGUCCAAUUACAAGGUUCUAAGUAUACAUAACAUUGUCUCUGGAGAACGUCAUUCUUCUGGAUCCUGCAUAUCUCUCUGAACUGAUUUUUCUUUUUACAGAGACCUGUAGAGAUAAGAAAAGGGAACUUGUGAAAUUAAUGCAUAUGAAUGAACAAUCAUGGUUAUGUAUACAUUUUUUUAGCCAUUUUUUUAAUAUAUUUUUAAAGGGUUCUAAUAUAAAAUGGAAGGGAAUUAAAGAGAAUUAAAAAUGUUUUACGGUCUAGAUAGAAAUACACUAAAUAUAUCUAUAUAUUAAUAGUACAUUCAUUUUAAAACGCUUCGACUUUCUGUCUGGAUGCAUUGUAUGUCAUUGCAUUGAUUGUGUGUUUUGUAUUUUUGUAAAUGCCAUUUAUAGCGGUUUUAUAGGCAGUUCUAGCAGCAUGCAUUUUAUGCAUCUUUUAAAGAUUAUUGGUGGAAUAUACUUUUAAACGAACAUUCUAUUUGAUUAAUUUUAAAAUCUCUUUUGAAAGCUUUUUGAUGUAUUUACACUUUUUUCUGUAACUGCAUAUUCAAAUAUUCAUGAAACUAAAAAUCAGUUUGAAAAAAGUUUUAAAAAUUCAUCAAUUUCCUAUCUUGGAGGUAGUCACUUUAUAACUGACCUGUCACGGAAAGGCAAUUAAUAGUAAAGUUUUCCCACUGUAUAAUGUAACCGAUAUGCAAAUUAUUUGGUCCAUUACAUUGCUCCCCAGCAAUGUAAUACACAAAAAUAGUAAUUUAUGCCAAGCAUUGAUAGCACAUAAAUAUAGGACACAGUUUUGGGUAAAGAUUACUGUUCAGGAAUAUCUAAUUUUGUGACAUAUGUUAUUGUGAUAAACAUAUAUAUAUAUAUUGGUUAAAUAAUCUGAAAGCUUUUGUAAAGAACCUGCUGCUAUUUCUAAGAAUACAGCUUACUAAAACAGUCAUCAGAAUAUACAAAAACAUCUGUCAGUAUAAUGCCCGUAUUCACUAACCAUACUUUUUCCUCUUUUCUUUACCCAUGUCCCUCUUUUCUAGGCGCUCCAUAUUAUUGGUGUGCCCUGCCCAUGGUCGCAACCCCAACUCACACUCCUAAAAUUAAAGUGUCCCUUUUUGUCCGUAUAAAAUGUUAGGAGGUAUGAUACAUUUACACCCCAUGUCUGUAUCCAUCUUGCCAUUCUGACUGCUACAAUGAAGUUUGACCUGCAAAUGUUCAGUGUGAGUGGGGCAAGGGUGGUGGGGAGUGAAGUUUAUGACUUAAUGUAGAAACCCUAUACAUCAACACUUGAUUCACAUAAUAUUAAUUAUUAUGUUCUAUAUCCCAUUUGUUUUCAUGUGCUAUUGUAGCAAGCAAAAUACACUCUAAACACACUACAUAAGCCAGAGGGGUUUGUGUCACAUUGAAAAACACUGUCCUUGUGGACUACAGGGGUUAGCUCAGGAGGUGGUUGUUUGUUAUUUUAUAGAUCAGGGGUAGUCAACCUGGUCACACACACACACACAAACACACAGCACCCUUUACACACACACACACACACACUGCACCCUUCACACACACUGCCCCCUCACACACGCUACACCCUUCAUACACACACACUGCCCCCUUACACACGCUACACCCUUCACACACAAACACUGACCCCUCACACACACACUGCACCCUUCACACACAUUGACCCCUCACACAGACUGCACCUCUCUCACACACACAAACACACAGCACCCUUCACAUACACACAAACAGACACACACACUACACCCUUCACACAAACACACACAUAGAAAAAAAAGUAGAAUAGAAAAAAAAAGAGAAAAAAAAUAGAUAAAUUUAAGUACAUUUGCAAUAUAAAAUUUGUUACUGCGGCACUGGUGGGCGGUAAGGAUUUUACCAUCAACAAAGAUACAAAAGUAGGUGGUAGGUAUUAAAAGGUUGACUAAUCCUGGUGUAGAUAGUCAGUUAUUCAAAGCAAAUUCAAAUUGAAUUUAAAGUAUAAGACAAAACAAUGGUCAUACUGGAAUCAUAGCUAGCUUGGAGCAUUUUCUAACAUCAAAAUCACAUUGAAUUCACAUUAUAGGGAAUAGCCCUAAAGGAAAUAUUGCACAGUGGUAAAUUUUAGACUUGUCUAACUCUCUAAAAAAAUCUAUAUUAAUACAUUUGUAAACUGGAAAUCAGAAAUGCAGACUUUGUCAAAAGACAUUUGCAUUUGAAAGAAAAGUUGUGCAACCUUGCUUUCUAGUAUCUGCCAUCAUUUACAGGAUUUAAGCCUUUCAUCUCAUUUAAAGUUUAAAGGUUUUACUUACAGUCAAAUAUUCUAAUUACUGUACUGUUUGCAAAGUUAUACUUUUAUAUAUAAUUUAAAGCUUAAAAUCAUUAAAGUGCAUUUCCAUUUGUGCUUAUGUUAACACAGUUAACAGAUACUCUUGCUACUGAAAGAAAGAGAAAGACGUCAUUUUCAUUUUUCACUAAUUAUGUAAUUUGUGUUUUUCUAACGUGUGUGGAUUUUAUUGGGUUUUCAAGCUCUAAAUGCAUUUUUAAAACUACUUGUUUAGCUAGCCUGUAAUGGUUACAUAAUCCCCUUUAUGAGAUUAUAUAACUAUAAUUGAGCAAAUCAGACCAGUGCUCAGAAACAGUGAAGAACAGGUAACAAUAAAAUUGUCUUACCUACCCCUUGACUUAAAAUAUAUUUUUUGUUUUGUCACCAUAGUUAGGUGUGCUCUGUUGAAAACCAUCUUGUAAAAUGAAGGUAGGUUACUGGUUUGCAGAUAUAGGGUUCUUUAACCCCCGAUUUCUACAUGGUCCUGGCAUGCUGGCAAGGUUUGUGCAGAAAGCAGAUUGUGCAUGGGGACAUCCAUCAUCUAGAAAAUUCUCAUAGGAAAGCAUUGACUCAAUGCGUUCCUACAGGGAAGUCCUAAUGCGCCCUCGCCGCUCAGGCUUAUUAGGUUUCCACUUACAAUGACGUCAGAGGAAGCGGACAUAGAGCCAGUGUCGAGGUGCCUCGGUGCUGGAAUAAGGUGAAUGUUUAAAGGAUUAUUUAACCCGGACGCGGGGGGAAAGUGGGCAUAGGGCACUGUAGUGUUAGCAAUGGAGCUUUGUAUUCUUAACACUAUAUUGUUCCUUAAAGAAUAGUUAUAUUUUACUUAGUCUUUCCUAAUCCAUAUACAAAAGGUAGAUCUACAUCUAUUUAAAAAACAAGAGACCAAAAUAGUGUAAUACGUAAAACCACUUAAAUUAAGACCUUUCUGCUGCUUUCGACACUGUUGAUAAUCAACAACUUCAAAGUUAAACUCACAAAUUCACAAAUGGAAAAGGCUCAUCAAAUAGUAUUCUUGUCUUCCAGUCUGUGCUGUUAUAGGGUAUCUUCAUGUAUAGAAGGGAAAUAAAAAAAAUAGCCAUAGUGCAACACUGUAGAAUCAAAUUCAUACACUGCUUUAUUAAUUUGAAUUUACAAGAUGUAAAACAAGAGAUUAAAAAUAAGAAAAGGGCGUUUAAAGCAUUUAAAUCAGACAAAUCAGAGGUAUCCUAUUUAAGAUAUAAGGAAACCAAAAACGCUUGCAAAAAGGUAAUUAAAGUGGCUAAACUAGAAAAUGAGACAUUGAUAGCUAAAGAAUGCAAAACCAACCCCCCCAAAUUUUUUCAGGUACAUACAAUUCUAAAAAAACAAAAAAUGAAAGUGUAGGUACACUGGAAACAGAGUUGGGUUUAUUAGCUAAUGAAGACCAGUAAGGUUUUGUCAUGUAUAAAAAGGGGCAUAAAUUCUCGGGAUGAAAAUAUAAUUUUGCCUCUUUAUAAAUUGCUGGUAAGACCACACCUUGAUUAUGCUGUGCAAUUUUGGGCACCUGUUCUAAUGAAAGAUAUCAUGGCACUAGAAAAAGUCCAGAGACGAGCUACAAAAUUGAUAAAAGGAAUGGAGCAUUUUAGUUAUGAAGAAAGGUUUAAAAAAUUAAAUUUGUUUAGUUUGGAAAAACUGCGCCUGAGAUGGGAUAUGAUAACUUUAUACAAAUAUAUUCGCGGGCAGUACAAACCUUUAUCUGGAAAUCUAUUCAUAAACAGGGCUAUACAUAGGACACGAGGUCACACAUUUAGACUGGAAGAAAGGAGAUUUCAUCUAAGGCAUAGAAAAGGUUUUUUUAUAGUAAGAGCAAUAAGGAUAUGGAAUUCUCUGCUUGAAGAGGUGGUUUUGUCAGAGUCACUACAGAGGUUUAAACUGCAAUUGGAUAAAUACUUGCAAAAACAUAACAUACAGGGAUAUAAUUUCUAAUUAGAGGGGUAAUAGCUGCUUGAUCCAAGGAGACAUCUGACUGCUAUUUUGGAGUCAAGAAGGAAUUUUUUCCUAGUUUGUGGCAAAAUUGGGAGCACUUCAGACUAGGUUUUUUGCCUUCUUUUGGAUCAACAGCAACAACAUAUGCAAGGAAGGCUGAACUUGAUGGACACAAGUCUCUUUUCAGCUAUGUAACUAUGUAACUGUGUAAGAAUUAAAAAGGCCCAUCAUCACUUGUAGAUCUUGAAAAAGGUGCAGUUUGUAGUAGAAAACAAAUUCGUCCAAGUAUGAUGAAUAGGGAAUAUAACAAAUAGAGUAAAAUAACAAAUUUGUCUUAAUUCUACGACUUCCUCAGGGUGUUCCAAAUACAUGCAGCAUACAGCAAACAAUACAACCCACUCCCUCAUAAAGACCAUAAAGUCAAUCAUGUGACCUGUCUCUUCCAAUCCUGUGUUCAAGUGUCCAGCUGUUAGAAUCAAUUCUCCCGCCGAAAUCCUGUUAAGGUCUUUACUUCUGUGGCAGAUUUCAGCUCCAUUUCCAGGUUUGUGGCACGUCGUGGGUUCCACCUUGUCAUGUCCUGUAUUUGGUUUCCGUCCCACUUGAACACACAAUCAUCUCUCCGUCAAAAUUGUUCUGACCAAAGUAUCCCAUCAUUUAUUGUUGCUAAAUCUAGUGGUCUCUACUCUCCUAUUUCUCCUUGACCUUUCUGCUGCUUUUGACACUGUUGAUAAUCAACAACUUCUUCUCAUCCUCCCUUGAGAUUCUGUUCUGUCCCGGUUCUUCUACCCUUACUUUCUCUUCUCCGCAACCCCUCUCUGUCAAUGUUCCCCAAGAUUUUUUUCCUUGGUCUCCUACUGUUCUUGAUUUAUACUGACUGCCUUUGUAACCUAUCAGCUCUUUUAGCUUCCAAUAUCACUUCUAUAUGAAUGACAUGCAAAUAUAUCUAACGUCUCCUGAUCUUCUGCUGUCCCUCUUGUCUCUGAUGGCCUCUCUGCUAUUUCUAAAUGGAUGGCAGCUCAUUUCCUUCAACUUAACUUGUCCAAAACAGAACUUCUCGUCUUUCCUCCAUUCAAGUCAAUGGCAUCACCUCUACAUUACAGGCUUGCUGUCUAGGUUUUCUCUUUCUUCAAACUCUCCUUUACCCCUCAUGUCAAGUAACGUGCAAAACCCUGUCGCUUCCAUUUCAAAAACAUAGUUUGCUUCGGCCCUUAUCUAACGCCGGAUGCAGCUAAGGGGCUGGUUUAUACCUCCAUCAUCUUUUGUCUUAACUACUCCAAUCUGCUUUCUGCUUCUCAAUGGUGUUACACUUUUCCAGUUUUCCCCGUUACAAGCUAUAAUGAAUGCAGCGGUGAGACCCAUCUUCCUAUCCACCUGCACCACCCGUGCCUCCUCCUCUGUCAGUCCUUACACUGGCUUACCAUAAGAUUUAUUGCUCAAAUUACAAUUCUGGUGCUUGCUUACAUAUCUCUACAUUCCUACCUAUCCUCACUAAUACACAAGUAUGUCCCCUUAAGGCCUAUACGCUCCGCCGCAGAUCUACGUAUAUUAUCUGUUUGUACUCAUACCUCUGACGCCCACCUUCAAGCCUUCUCUAGGACUGUGCUGUGCCUAUGGAACUCCCUUCCUGUUUGAAUAUCACCCAGUCUUAGUUCCUUCAAAAGAUCAUUAAAAACUUGCUUCUUUAGGAAAUAAUUUAGUUAAUAGCUUUACAUCAUCGUAUCUUGGUAACUCAUCUUGCGUCAUCUUCUGCAACUGUGACAUCCAAUUAACUAACCCUUCAUUGUAAACUAUUCCAGUAAUCUACUUUCCCCCAUACAUGAAAUACAUGCUACCCUUACCUCGUGUCACUUUAUCCCACUACCUCUAGAAUGUAAGCUUGUUUGAGAAGCUCCCUCAACACCCUCUGUUGCUGUGUGCCCAGUUCGUCUUGUUGCAAUUACUUGUCUGUUAGACCACCUCUUGCAUAGCACUGCAGAAUUUCUUGGCACUUUAUAUAUACUAAUAUAAAAUGGGAUUCAUCUUAUAUCCAGAGAAUAUUAAUUCAAUUUGUUUCCCUUAACCUCCAAAGAAGAUUAAUUGACUUUGAGCAUUGGGCAAAAUAUACAUUUAAAAAAAAGAUCCUAUUGAAAGGUAUUGUGACUGUAGGUAUUAUAAAAGGCAGUUAAUCUGCCUUUUAGACCAUAUGAAUGAACUGUACCAGUUCCUUAAAACUUACUUUUUCACUCUAUUUACAUUGCAAAGCACACCUCAGGCUUAUUAAAUAGCUGUAGUUUUGAUUGUAUUUGCAUCCCAUGGCAGUUGUGUAGCUCCAGGUUUUAUCUACUCAGUACCUGCCAUGUUCCUUGGGAUGCCCUCUUAGUUUGGGGUUGGAAGCUCCCACUUGACACACUGUUUCAGGUGCAGAGCUGUUGUUGGUUUCCUGCUUGCAGGUGUGGGCAGUUACCUUCCAUGGAGACAGUGAGAGAUUGGGUGUCUUCCCACUCCAUCUAAUAACCCUUUGUUCUGAUUUUGAGCUGUUUGCUUACAAAGACAGAAGAAUGUAGCAGAAAGACGUCAGAGGUUAAAAUACCGGUCCACGUAUCUGCAUUCCAUCAAAAACACACUCUCUGUGGACAGAGAAAAGUAUCUUUGGGCUCUCAUUGUGGUACGACACAUGAACACAGACAUAGUGAGUACUUGUAAGCACUGUAGAAUGAUACCAUUAACUGUAAUUACUCCAUUUACACCUGCAUAAACUGCAAAUAAAGGAAAAGUGUGGAGAUUUUUUUUUUUUUUUAUUGGAUACACUAGUUUAUAACAGCAUGGAGAACAUAUCAGAUUUAACAUAAAGUGACACAUUUUUCUUAACCUAUCCAGUUUUUAUAACGGAGUAGUGCAAUAAGCUCCUUCCCAGCAUGCCCUCUUUUCACAUCUUUUCAUUUAUUAGCUGCCAUUUUCUAAUAACCUAUUACUGAUAGCAUACGUCAGUCAUUAGACUAUGUAGUCUCAUUGGCUGCUCAAACAGAACCAUAACUGAUCUCACCAACAUAAGACAAUCAAAGGAGAGCAUGAAAGGCGUAUCAUUUAGCUACACAUCAGUGGAAGAACUAAUAAAGAGAUAGCCCUGGUGCAAGACUUUUUUUUGCUAGCUGGGGAUCUACCAUUUGCUAGUCCUCGCAUGGGUAUAGUGUAAACUGUGUUUGAAUGCAGGCAUGUCUUUUUUGGAGUAUGUGUUUGAAAAUGCAGGUGUGAAUUUGUAUGUAGUGUUGGCGUUUGAAUACCGAGGUUUAUUUGGGUGUAGUGUUGGUAUUUGAAUGCAAGGAUACAUUUGAUUGUAAUAUUGACAUUUUAAUGUUGAGGUGAAUUUGGGUGUAGAGUUGUGUUUAAAUUUAGGGGUGUAUUUGUGUGCAGUGUUGGUGUUGAAUUGCAGGAGUGUGUUUGUGAGUAGUGUUGCCAUUUGAUGGAUGUGGUGUAUGAAUACAUACACAUACACUGACAUACAUGACAGAGAUAUAUCUACAUGCAUACACACUGAAACACACACAUACACACAAAGAAAUAAGUCCCAGCAUGCAUGUUUUAGCCAUCCUGUUACUUUAGGCAUCCCUGUGGUCCAUUGCGAGCUGGGUGAUGCUACAAGGAGAUGGAUGCAGUAUUUGGAUCUGGCUGGGAUUGAUUGGGUGGAUUAGGACUGGUCCAGCCACUUCUUCAGAUAUCACUAAAUGUCUUUGCUUCCAGAUUGGUGAUAUCCAUUUCGGUGAGUAUUAUUGCUGUGGUAUAUUAUUAUUAUUAUUAUCAUCACCAUUUAUAUAGUGCCAACAGAUUCUGUAGCACUUUACAAUAUUAUGAGAGGGGUAUUUAACUAUAAAUAGGACAAUUACAAGAAAACUUACAGGAACAAUAGGUUGAAGAGGACCCUGCUCAAAUGAGCUUACAGUCUGUAUGAGGUAGAGUAUAAAACAUAUUAGGGCAGGAAAUAGCAAUCAAAUAAGGUGGGAGUGAAGCAGAGCUGGAGGAGAGAGUAGAGUGCUGCCCUUUAGGAGAGAGCAAGCAACAGGUAUGUAAGGUAGAGGUUACUCUUGGACAGGGCCGGACUGGCCCACCGGGAUACCGGGAAAUUUCCCGAUGGGUCGUCGGCACCUGGGGCCGGGGAGACAUGCGGGUGACCUGCGGCCGCAGGGGGAGCUCUUCUGGCGGCCGCAGGGGAAGCUGUGUGUUCUGUCUCUGCUCCCCAGCGCGCAGCUUAAUGAGACCGGGGCUGGAAUAUGACAUCAUAUACAUAUAUAUAUUACUCAAUCAUCUGUGGCAAGACAUAGCUUUACAUAUUACAUGCGACAAUAUAUGGUGCAAUGACUUAUGGGGCUGCCAUAGGUUUUUUUUUUUUUCCAGGGCUGCUUUGUAUCCCCAGUCCGGCCCUGCUCUAGGAGGCCAUAAGCUUUCCUAAAGAGAUGGGUUUUAACACACUUCUUAAAUGAUUGAAGACUAGGGGAGAGUCUGAUUGGGGUAGGCAGGCUUUUCCAUAGGAAGGGAGCUGCAGGCGAUAAGUCCUGCAAGUGUGAGUUGGCCGUACGGGUGCAAGCAGCGGACAGGAGAAGGUCACGGGCAGAGCAGAGGGACCGAGAAGGGGCAUACCAAUGGAUCUGUGAAGAGAUAUUAGGGGCUAGAAUUGUUCAGUGCUUUAUGUGUAUGAGUUAGCACUUUGAAUUGACUCCUAUAGGAUACAGGAAGCCAAUGUAAAGACUUACAGAGGGGUGAGGAGUGAGAGGACAGACUAGAGAGGAAAAUCAGUCUGGCGGCGGCAUUCAUUACAGACUGUAGUGGGGCAAAACGGCUUUUGGGAAGACAAAUCAGGAGAGGGUUACAAUAAUCCAUGCGGGAAAUUACUAGAGCAUGGACAAGCUCAUUGGUAGCAUCUUUCAUAAGAAAGGGGCGGAUGCAGGGCCCACCGGGAUACCGGAAAUUUCCUGGUGGGCCGUCGGCACCUGGGGCCGGGAAGACACCUGGGUCUGCUGGCGGACGCUGGGGGAGGUCUGCUGGCAGCCACUGGGGGAGCUGUUCUGUCUCUGCUCCCCAGGGCGCAGCUGAAUGAGACCGGGGCCGGAAUAUGACAUCAUAUUCCGGCCCCGGUCUCAUUCAGCAGCACGAGGGCAGGAGAGCAGAGCCAACGCAGCUUCCCCAACGGACGCCAGCAGACCUCCCCCAGCGGCCGCCAGCACAAGUCCCCCAGCAGCCGCCAGCACAGACAGCAGUCUGCACUACACAACCCCCUGGCAGAUAGUAGUAAUGUGUGUCAGUGUGAGUUUGUCUGCCUGUUAUGGUGUGUCUGUCUGUCUGUUAUGGUGUGUGUGUGUGUGUGUGUGUGUGUGUCUGCCUGUGUCAUGGUGUAUCUGUCUGUCUGUGUCAUGGUGUCUGUCUGUAUGGUGUGUGUGUCUGUCUGUUUGUCUGUGUCAUGGUGUGUGUGUCUGUCUGUGUCAUGGUGUCUGUCUGUAUGGUGUGUGUGUGUGUCUGUUUGUCUGUGUCAUGGUGUGUGUCUCUGUCUGUGUCAUGGUGUCUGUCUGUAUGGUGUGUGUCUGUCUGUCUGUCAUGGUGUCUGUCUGUAUGGUGUGUGUGUGUGUGUGUCUGUCUGUGUCAUAGUGUCUGUCUGUAUGGUGUGUGUGUGUGUGUCUGUCUGUCUGUGUCAUGGUGUGUGUGUUUGUCUGUGUCAUGGUGUCUGUCUGUAUGGUGUCUGUGUGUCUGUCUGUCUGUCAUGGUGUGUGUGUGUCUGUCUGUCCAUCAUGGUGUGUGUGUCUGUGUCAUGGUGUGUGUGUGUCUGUCUGUCUGUCAUUGGGUGUGUGUCUGAUGGUGUGUGUGUCAUGGUAUAUGUGUGUGUGUCUGUCUGUGUCAUAGUGUGUGUGGGUCUGUCUGUGUCAUGGUCUGUCUGUGUCAUGGUCUGUCAUGGUGUGUGUGUGUGUAUCUGUCAUGGUAUAUGUGUGUCUGUCAUGGUGUAUAUGUGUGUUUAAAAAUAGUGUUUUUGCUCACCUUUUUUUUCCCCACGCAGCGUGCUGGUCUCCCAUCGACUGGCCCUGCCCCUAUGACUGAGAUCAUCAAGUUUGAUGAUCUCAGCCAAUCCAAUGCUUUGCCAUAGGAUUGUCUGCAAAACGCUACACCAAUCAACAACUCCUCAUAGAGAUGCAUUGAAUCAAUGUAUCUCUAUGGGGAACGUUCAGCACCUACAGAGUGUGGAGGCCCUGAAUGUAGGUGCACUGACACAGGAAGCACCUCUAGUGACCGUCUGAGUGACUGUCACUAGCGGUGUCACUUUGAAGCAAUGUAAACACUGCCUUUUCUCUGAAAAGUCAGUGUUUACGUUGAAAAGCCUGUAGGGACAUGCUAUAGAUACCAGUACCACUACAUUAAGCUGUGUGUGUGCGUCUGCUAGUGAGUGAGCUUGCUUGCAUGUGUGUGCCUGCUAGUGAGUGAGCUUGUGUUUUUAUGUCAAUGAGCUGAUAUAUAUCAGUGAGAUUGUUUGUCUAUGAGGCUGUGUAUCAAUGAGCUUGUGUGUGUCAUUGAGAUGUCAGUGAGAUUGUCUGUGUCUGCAUGUGAGUGUGCUUACUGUAUAAUUAAACAUUUUACUCUGAAAGGACCAAUAUUUUAUAUUAGAAAAAGCAAUAUAUAUAUAUAUAUAUAUAUAUAAAACUGAAUCAUCUGUCAUGGAAAGACAUAGCCUUACAUAUUACACGCGACAAUAUAUGGCAUACAUUUUUUUUCCAGGGCUGCUUUGUAUCCCCAGUCCGGCCCUGGGCGGAUGAGGAUAUUUUUUAAGUGGGAAUCUGCAGGAUUUGGCAACAUACUGAAUGUGAGGCUCAGAGGUGAGGCCAGAGUCAAGUAUGACGCCAAGACCGCGUGCUUACAAGGAUGGACUUAUGUGGAUACCACUAACUUGAAGGGAGGGCGAGAGAGGAGGAUCAGUAUUAGGAGGAGGAAAGACAAGAAGCUCAGUUUUAGAGAGAUUGAGUUUCAGAAAGCGGGAGGACAUCCAGUCAGAGAUGGAAGAAAGGCAAGCAGUAACACGUUGCAGGACGGCAGGGGAGAGGUCCGGGGGGAGAGAUAUAUCUGGGUGUCAUCAGCAUACAGGUGGUAGUGGAAUCCAAAAGAGGUAAUAAGUUUGCCAAGAGAGGCAGGAUAAAGAGAAAAUAGAAGGGGACCAAGGACAGAGCCUUGGGGGACUCCAACCGUGACAGGAUGAGGGGAGGAGGUAUCAUUAGAAAAGGAGACACUGAAUGAGCGUUGGGAAAGAUAAGAGGAAAACCACGAGAGGACAGAGUCACAGAGACUGAAUGAUCGAAGAGUUUGAAGAAGGAGAGCAUGAUCAACAUUGUCAAAGGAAGCAGUAUUGAGUAGUGGCCUUUGGAUUCAGCUGCAAUUAGGUCUUUAGCAACUUUGAUGAGAGUAGUGUCAGUAGAGUGGAGAGGGUGGAAGCCAGACUGAAGAGGGUCAAGGAGAGAGUUGGAAUUGAGGAAGCGGGACACACAGGCAAAGACAAGUCUUUCCAGAAGCUUUAUAGGAAAAAGGGAGCAGGGAUAUGGGACAAUAGAGGGGGAGAACGGGUCUUUUCAGGAUAGGUACUACAGUGGCAUGUUUAAGGUUUGCAGGGACAACUCCAGAAGAGAGAGAGAGCAGUUGAAGAUGUGUGUUAAGGAAGGCACAAGACAAGGGGAGAGAGAUCUGAUGAGGUGAGGCUGGACGGGAUUGAGCAGGCAAGUGGUGGGGCAAGAAGAAAGGAGAAGCGCAACCACCUCUUGUUCAGCUGGGGAGAAAGUGUAAAGGGUAGGAAAGGCAUGAUCUACGUGUGCUUGAGAAAGAGAACGGCAAGGUGGGGAGAAUUCUUUCCUUAGCUGUUCAAUCUUGUUGGUAAACUAGCAUGCAAAGCUAUCAGCUGUAAGGUUAGUUUGGGGGGUGGUCACAGCAGGGCGACGAAGAGAGUUAAAGAUGUCAAAGAGACGCCUAGGAUUGUGGGAGCAUGAGCUAAUGAGAGAGGAAAGUAUGACUGUUUGGCAAGGGCAAGGGUUGUGCUGUAUGAACAGAGUAUGAAUCUAUAAUGGAGAAAGUCUGACUGGGUGUGAGACUUCCUCCAGAAGCGUUCAGCACAACAGGAGCAAUUUUGCAGAUAGCGUGUUGAUUUAGUAUGCCACGGUUGGGGGCGUGUCCUCCUCGAGGUGCAUGUUUGGAGCAGGGCUGCAGCAUUCAAGGCAGAGGUGAGGGUGGUGUUAUAUGACGAGAUGGCCAGUGAGGGACAGGAGAGGUAAGGGAUGGAUAGCAGUUGUGAAUCAAUAUCAGCUGACAGCUGCUGGAGGUAAAUAAAAUUAAGGGGUGUUAGGCUGAGGUUGUUGUGUGAGGGGGAACUCUAGAGCAAACAAGAAGAGGUGGUUAUCAGAGGGAGGAAAUGGAGUGUUGCAGAUAUUAGAUACUGUACAUGCAUAAGAGAAAAUGAGAUCGAGGGUAUUGCCAGCUACAUGGGUGGGAGAAUUAGCCCACUGCAAUAGCCCGAGGGAGGAAGUAAUUGAAAGUAGUUUAGAGGCUGCUGAGGUCAAAGGUGGGUUAAUGGGAAUAUUGAAGUCUCCAAGAAUUAGGGAUGGAAUAUUAGAAGAGAGGAAGUAGGUUAGCCAGGCAGCAAAGUGGUCAAGGAAGAGGAGAGGGGAGCCAGGGGGACGAUAAAUAACGGCAAUGUUAGCAGAGAAGGGUUUGAAAAGGGAAAUUGAAUGAAUUUCAAAUGAUGGAAAAGAGAAGGGAGGGGGGGGCAGAGUUUCAAAGGAGCAGUGGGGUGAAAGCAGAAAACCUACACCUCCACCUUUACUCUCAGCUUGUCUUGGGUUGUGGGUAAAGUGAAGACCAGCAAAGGAUAGCGAGGCAGGGGUAGCAGUUUUAGAGGGAGAGAGCCGUGUUUCUGUUAGUGCAAGUAGGUUUAGGAAAUGUAAGAUAAAUAGGUCAUGGGUGGAAGUUGAUUUAAUGGUGCUCUACACAGAGUGUGCAUUCCAGAGGGCAGCUUUAAAGGAGGAAUUAUAGCGAGAGUUACAUGGAAUGGAUAUGAGAUUGUUGUGGUUUCUGUUAGUACCAGGUGACUUAUUAGAGGAGGGACCAGUGUUUGGAGAGACACCACCAGCUGCUAGGAGCAGUAGGAUGGAAAGGAAGAGAAGGUGGGAGUAAGAUUUAAAUGUUGGGGACAAGAGCUUGUAUUUAGGGAAUUUAGAAGGGGAUGGUGGAGAAAGGAUGGAUAAAUGAGUAAAGUGCAUGUGAUGAAUACAGAGAUGAGGGCAGCAGAGACGGAGCAAUGUAGAUGGUGUCAGCAGGAACAGGUAAGUAAAGGGAUAGAGAGAUUUUAAUAAUUAGGGAAGUGAGGGAGAAAGUAAAAAAAGUGAGAACAUUAGUAGGAGAAUAGGUGCUGUGUUUUUAAGAUACGGAGAAUUGUAGGUGAGGUUAAGAGGGUAAAGGUUUAAAAAGGUAUUGUGAGUUUAGCUAUUUUAGGUGUGGAGGGCUUGGUGGACAUGAUUGGUUUGUUAGGAAAGUCAGAUAAUUGAAGCUAUAUUUAAAUGUAAUGAGUACCAUGGGGAGGGUGAGAUGUAGGGUGGGUGGGAAAUGAUCAUCCAGAAAUGCUACCUCUGCUUAGGGAAAAUCCUGUAGGGUUGAGUCCUGGGUGUAGCUGUUACAAUGCUGUAUUGGGCCCAAGCUAUAAGAGAGAAUCUAGGGUUAGAUACGACAGAUUGUGGGUGGGGAAUCAUUGAGGUGUUAAAAACAAAAAUCAAGGAAAAAGAUGAAAUGGAAUUUAAAUUUAGGUUUAUGAGGUAAUGGCAGAGAUCAGAUAUCAGAUAAGAGAUCAGAUAGGUAAAAGUCAUAAAUAGGGAACAUCAUAAAUUAACAGGGCUUAGAGUGCAAGAACUAACUAGCAAAACAAACAUUUAACUAAACAACAGUUAAGGAUGGAGGGUGCAAUAGUCAUCAAUUAUGCAAUAAUACUGUGAGGGAUGGAGAUAGAGAGGAAUACAAUUUAAAACAGAUAUAGGAAAAAUAAGAAGUCCAGGUAUUCUCAAGAUGAUUAUCCAGAAAUGCUACCUCUGCCUAGGGCAAAUCCUGCAGGGUUGGGUGUUGUGAGUCCUGGGUGUAGCUGUUACAAUGCUGUAUUGGGUCCAGGCUCUGCUUAGGGCAAAUCCUGCAGGGUUGGGUGCUGUGAGUCCUGGGUGUAGCUGUUACAUUGCUGUAUUGGGCCCAGGUGGAGGAGUGCCAGUAAAGAGUGUUUUAUUAAAACACUGUUUUUGUUUUGAUUAACCCCAUAAAAGUAAACUUGGCCCUGUUAGGGGUGGUACACAAGGAAGGACUUGUGGGUGUAGGGGGGAUGAAACACAUGGAGGGGCUCACUCAGACUGCCACUAAAGGUGCUUCCUGGGUCUACAUUGAUGAUGAGAUGCUGAUUGGCUUGUGCAAUAGUCUCCCAAUGCUUUACUAUGGGAAAGCAUUAGAUUGUCUGACAUCAUCAUAAUUGAUGAUCUCAGCCAAGGAGGCAGAGCAUGGGUGGGGCCAUCAGCAAGGAGACCUAUGUGACACUGGAGUAAAGAUGAGUAAAUCACCUUUUACACUUCUGACAGGGGUGCCGAUGGCCUAAACGGCGUUCUCACAGCUAUAGUGACAGGAAUACAUGUAUGUGUUUCUGUCAAUAUAGUGUUCUUUUAAGUGUCAUUAAAUGUAAUAAACAUCUUAAAAAUGAGAAGUGAUUGUUUUAUGACAGUUUUCCUCUAAUUCCGUGUCAACUAGACUUGUGAACGGCAGACAAAUAUAAUUUGGUAGAGAUGAAUCUUACCUCAAUGUUGUCCAAGCAAACAAAUCAGGGAAAACUAUUUGGAUGAGCUAAAAGGGCAUUAAAAUGAGCCAAGUCGUGUACUUUAAAAUAUAUGCAUAAAAUUUAAAUGCAUAUAUAUUUUGCAGUACAGUGUCAAUUUUAAUGAUGCUAAUUUUGGUCCAAAUGGAAUGUUAUUUUACCAUUUCCGUGAGCUUUCGGUUACAUAUUUUAAGCAUUUGAUCUGGCUGAUACCCAGUUUAUUUCUUUAAUAUUUUGUGUUCUAUAGAUAGCCCCUACCAAACUGAAAAAAAAAAUCCUGAAAUAAGAAUAUUUUUUUACUAUAUUCUAUGGUGUCAGCAGGAGCUCUUGGAGCUCCCACAAAUAAAAAUUAGCCAUUCUUGCAAGUAUGAAAGGAGCACUACACAGUGCUAAUUAUAAAUAUAAAUAAAACAAAAAAAAAAUUUUAAUCACUGUUUGGUAGAUUUCCCCUCUCAUUAAAAACCUCUGAAGUUAAUCCUCCUUGCACAGCGUUUAGAAAGAACACUGGUGUGAACUGAGCAUGCCUACUACUUCUGUUAGCUCAGGGGGAGCCAGUUGAUUGACAGCUUUGAGGAUGUUUAACUUAUAUAAUGAUAAAAGUGCAGAUUUCUUAUAAAAAACGUGGAGUGGUCUUUUAACCCCUUAAGGUCGGCUAUGCCGUCCUUGGGGACCCGGCUCUAAACAUCCACGCUGCCCUAUGCACUUACCUGCAUAUGAUCAUGAUGGGGGGACUUACCUGACAUCCCGGGGAGUCCCUCUGCUGCCGAUCCGGCCCUCCUGGGCCAUGUGAUUGCGAGGUCCUUAUGAGGACCUCAAGGAUCACAUGGACGGAAUAGCCGUCCAUAGCAGUGUCAGCAGGGGGAGUGCCUGGAAUGACAGGUAGUCCCCCUGCUGCCUGAAAUAAUGUUCAAUAAAGUUUUAAAACAGUUUAAAAUAAAAUAUAUACUUAGAUCAUAUAUAUAUACACACACUUUUACACUCAUACACUGUCUAAGUGUAUUUUGAUAUUAAUAUAUAUAAUUAUGUAUAUAUAUCAAAAUACACAUAGAAUGAUAUUUAUUAAAUAUAUAUAUAAUUAUAUAUAUUUCAUAUAAAAUAAAUAUAUAAAUACGUUAAAAAUGAAAAAUAACAAAAUAAUAAAAUAUAUAUGUGUAAUUUCGUUCUAACUGUAUUUUGAUAUUAAUAUAAAUAUAUAUAUAUAUAGAUAGAUAGAUAUCAAAAUACACUUAGAACGAAAUUAUAUAUAUUUAUAUACAUAAAUAUAUGUGUAUAUAUCACUAUAUAUAUAUAUAUAUAUAUAUAUAUAUAUACCUGUACAGUUGCAAGAAAAAGUAUGUGAACCCUUUGGAAUGAUAUGGAUUUCUGCACAAAUUGGUCAUAAAAUGUGAUCUGAUCAUCAUCUAAGUCACAACAAUAGACAAUCACAGUCUGCUUAAACUAAUAACACACAAAGAAUGAAAUGUUGCCAUGUUUUUAUUGAACACACCAUGUAAACAUUCACAGUGCAGGUGGAAAAAGUAUGUGAACCCCUAGACUAAUGAAAUCUCCAAGAGCUAAUUGGAGUGAGAUGUCAGCCAACUGGAGUCCAAUCGAUGAGAUGAGAUUGGAGGUGUUGGUUACAGCUGCCCUGCCCUAUAAAAAACGCACACCAGUUCUGGGUUUGCUUUUCACAAGAUGCAUUGCCUGAUGUGAAUGAUGCCUCGCACAAAAGAGCUCUCAGAAGAUCUACGAUUAACCCCUUAAGGACACAUGACAUGUGUGACAUGUCACGAUUCCCUUUUAUUCCAGAAGUUUGGUCCUUAAAGAGUUAAGAAUUGUUGACUUGCAUAAAGCUGUAAAGGGUUAUAAAAGUAUCUCCAAAAGCCUUGCUGUUCAUCAGUCCAUAGGAAGACAAAUUGUCUAUAAAUUGUGAAAGUUCAGCACUGCUGCAACUCUCCCUAGGAGUGGCCGUCCUGUAAAGAUGACUGCAAGAGCACAGCGCAGACUGCUCAAUGAGGUGAAGAAGAAUCCUAGAGUGUCAGCUAAAGACUUACAAAAGUCACUGGCAAAUGCUAACAUCCCUGUUAGCGAAUCUACAAUACGUAAAACACUAAACAAGAAUGGAUUUCAUGGGAGGAUAUCACAGAGGAAGCCACUGCUGUCCAAACAAAACAUUGCUGCACGUUUACAGUUUGCACAAGAGCACCUGGAUGUUCCACAGCAGUACUGGCAAAAUAUUCUGUGGACAGAUGAAACCAAAGUUGAGUUGUUUGGAAGAAACACACAACACUAUGUGUGGCGAAAAAAAAGGAACAGCACACCAACAUCAAAACCUCAUCCCAACUGUGAAGUAUGGUGGUGGGGGCAUCAUGACUGCUUUGCUGCAUCAGGGCCUGGGCAGAUUGCUAUCAUCGAAGGAAAAAUGAAUUCCCAAGUUUAUCCAUACAUUUUGCAGGAGAACUUAAGGCCAUCUGUCUACCAGCUGAAGCUCAACAGAAGAUGGGUGUUGCAACAGGAUAAUGACCCAAAGCAUAGAAGUAAAUCAAUAACAGAAUGGCUUAAACAGAAGAAAAUACGCCUUCUGAAGUGGCCCAGUCAGAGUCCUGACCUCAGCCCGAUUGAGAUGCUGUGGCAUGACCUCAAUAAAGCGAUUCACACCAGACAUCCCAAGAAUAUUGCUGAACUGAAACAGUUCUGUAAAGAGGAAUGGUCAAGAAUUACUCCUGACCGUUGUGCACGUCUGAUCUGCAACUACAGGAAACGUUUGGUUGAAGUUAUUGCUGCCAGAGGAGGUUCAACCAAUUAUUAAAUCCAAGGGUUCACAUACUUUUCCACCUGCACUGUGAAUGUUUACAUGGUGUGUUCAAUAAAAACAUUCUUUGUGUGUUAUUGGUUUAAGCAGACUGUGAUUGUCUAUUGUUGUGACUUAGAUGAUAAUCAGAUCACAUUUUAUGACCAAUUUGUGCAAAAAUCCAUAUCAUUCCAAAGGGUUCACAUACUUUUUAUUGCAACUGUAUAUAUACUUAUAUAUAUAUAUAUAUAUAUAUAUAUAUAUAUAUAUAUAUAUAUAUAUAUAUAUAUAAAUAUAUAUAUAUAUAUAUAUAUAUAUAAAUAAAUAAAUCACAUAUUGAUAUCUGUUUAAUAUGUUAUGGGAUAUUUUAAUAUUUAAAAAAAUAAAAACACUUUAAAUUUGUAUCCAAAAAUAUAAAAUCAUUCAAAAAGCUUAUCCAACAAUAUUAAAUCAAGGACUUAGUCAUUAAGUUACACUAGCAGUCCAGGAUUUAGACAUUUAGGCAUUGAUCCAGUCCUGUAUCAAUGGGGAUAAUGAACUAUUGGUGUGUCUUUAGGACCUGACUUCGAACAAUGACUUCAGAUAAGUUAUGUUUUUAGGGUCAUAAAAAUAUCCAUAGCUUUAACUAGUUAAAUGUUUUCAAAAGUGGCUAGACUAUAUUGAGUUUGAACUGGCUACUACCGUUGUAUCUGUUGGAUUAUAUCUACCACUUAUUUUGACCCGUAAACUGAUCUCUGCAAUCUAGACAGCCAAAAUAAAUUAGCAAUGAGGGAAUGACUUUAAAGGUAAGUUUUAAAACUCAAUUAUGGAAAGGAAUUUAAUAUUCUCGGGAAAGUGAUGAAGGUUUGUAAACUGGGUAUACAUAAAAGGGCUUUUAUGUGGUUGGCACAUGUACACAUGCUGUAUGCCAGGGCCACACUCUAGCACUGGCAUUAGUCAGGAUAUAAAAGGUUUUCAAUGCAAUUAAUAUUUCUACAAAAAGUGAUAGAUCAGCAGAUAGCUACAGACAUUCGUUUUAUACCAGUCUCUGUUUCAAAGAUUCAGAUGUAGUUCAUUUAUUUCAAAGACUUAGCUAUUUAUCCUUUUGACCUUGGUCCUACUCUGUUUGGAGAACUUAACUAAACCACAAGCUGCUGAGAGACACUCAAGCUGUAGCUGCUUUUGCACACAUGUUGACUCAAGGACCAGAUGCUACAGUUGCAGUGAAUCAAGGCUGUGUUUUUGGGGCUUUAUUCAAAAUAACAAGGUGCCCAGUUUAAGAUUUGUGAUGGGCACAAGCCAAAAUCUCACCCUUGAGGCUGUGAUGCAUCUGUUUACUUGGUAAUCUGACAAUCUGACUUCAACAUAAUGAUCAGUUACAACAUAUUAAUGGGAAAAUAAAUCUAUCUAUCUAUCUAUCUAUCUAUCUAUCAUAUAUCUUUAUCAGCCACAAUUAAAACUACCUGCCUAAUAUCGUGUAUGCCCUGCCAAAACCGCUAUUAUGCGUUGAGGCAUGGACUUCAUAAGUCCUCUGAACGUGUCCUGUGGUAUCUGGCAGCAAGACAUUAGCAGGAGAUCAUUUAACUCCUGCAGGCUGUGAGGUAGGGUCUCUAUGAAUCGGAUUUGUUGUUCCAGUGCGUCUCACAGAUGCUCAUUCAAAUUGAGAUCUGGGGAAUUUGGUGGCCAAGGCAACACCUUGAACUCUUUGUAAUGUUCCUCUAACCAUUGCUGAACAACUGUUUGCAGUUUAUCCAAUCUGCAUUAUUAAAAGAGGCCACUGCAAUAAGGGGUGUGUAUGGCGUGCAACAAUCUCUAGGUAUUACUUGGCAAAGUAAUAUCCACAUGAAUGUUAGGGCCCAAGGUUUCUCAGCAGAAGAUUAUCCACAACAUAACACUGCCACCGCCAGCCUGCCAUCUUCCCAUAGUGCCUUUUGCUGCCAUCUAUUCCCCAGGUAAACAACACUCAUGCACCUAGCCAUCCUCCUGAUGUAUAAGAAAAAAUGAUUCAUCAGAUCAGGCAAUCUUCUUUCAUUGCUACAUGGUCCAGUUCUGAUGCUCAAUUCAUCAUUGACAGUGCUUUUGGCGGUGGACCAGGGUCAUGAUGGACACUCUGACUGGUCUGUGGCUACAUAGCCCCACACGCAGCAAAUUGUGAUGCACCGUGUGUUCUGCCAUCUUUCUAUCAUGGCCUGCAUUAACUUGUUCCACAAUUUAAACUAUAGUAGCUCUUGUUUUGUGAUUGGACCAGAUGGACUAGCCAUCAUUUUUUGGCCAUUGUCAAAGUCACUCAUCUUUUCGCUUGCCCAUUUUUCCCUGCUUACAACACAUUAAAUUCAAGAACUGACUGUUUACUUGCUGCCUAAUAAAUCUCACCCUUGACAGGUUCUAUUGUAACAAUGGCACCCUUUUUGGGUACUGAGGAAAGUCCCAAUCCGUGACUGAAACAUUGACUAACAUGUUUUAUCACCACAGUUAUGUUAAACGUUCCAAAAUUGAACAAUAAAGGAGAAACAAAUGUAUUUUUAAAGUCCAUGAGUGCUACCAUCUCUUUUAAUUUGUAUUUUUUUCUUUCAGUGCUUAAGAUUAAUACAAACAGGCUUAAGGUAACCUCAACAGCAUUCCUCAGACAUAGCAUCACAUAUUGCAUAUGGGGUAAUAGAUUGGUCCAGCACAAUUUUAUGAUUUUAUAAACAUGAGAGAUAGUCCGAGGAGAAACAGAUAAAGAAUAUGUUAGAAAUGAUUGGAAGGCAUGUUAUACAACUUAUAUGUACUGCUGGGUACUAAAUUAGAGUAGUUGGUGCAGGCAAGGAGUGAUCUAACUCUGUUGUGCCAGGCAGCAUUGUUUCCUUUAGGGUCUGUCAGCCCACACCGCAUGGAGGCUUUGGGGAAGAGUCCUUUUCUGUGGUAAUCAUAGUGCCUUUUCUUUCCUCCUCGGGACUCAACAAGAGAUUUUGAUGGUUCUGACGGGUUACUCAUUGUGGGAUCAGAAGCCAUGUUCUUGCAGUUCUUUGAGCUCGGGUAGGACCAUGGGCCUUCAGGUUUAACGUAGCUCGAAGUCGCCCUGGGGUGUGUGGAUGGUGUGGUAUGAAAUACCUUUUGGGCCCUUGCCCCGAAGGAAGCGCCUGCAGUCCCGGCGGCAGUUUGAAUCUCAGGUUCAGCAGCUGGGGGGCUUUGGUAGAUCAACUAGGUCGAAGCUGGGUCUCCGGUUAGUAAACUUUCUGGGUGCAGUAUGUUGGCUCCAGUUCUGUGCACCCUGACUGCUCUGCGAUGCGUGUUGUUGCAUACGGUGGGCCAGUUUGUGUCAAAAUGCUGCAAAUAUCAUGUCCAGUUUUGAGUCAAAGUCAGCGCUUUCAGUGGAGCACGGUGCGAGACACUCUGGGUCCUCCCAGUGCUGUGGGGACUGUGGAGUCGGCUUUAACGUGUCACGCUGCUGCAAGGCUUCCUGCUGAGGGGAGUAGGUGGGAACUGGGAUAUCUCCCACCAAUCCGGGGGGGGGGGGGCGGCUGCGGGGCUCUAAGUGUUACUGUGUUUCCUCCACCGCCCCCCAAGAUGCCAAGACUUGAGGCGUGCUAGGCCACAUGGUUGGUUCACGGGAUCUCUCCGUUUAUCGGUAAGAUUCGGGUAUCCCCGUGUAAACGAUUGUAUCCUGGUUCUGCUCCGGUCCCUUGGGUCCCCUAUUGGGGCUGUAAUUGGAGGUUCAAGCUUGUUUUAGGUCCCCAAGUGUCGGAGCUGUUAGGGAGCAUGUCCGGCCAUCUUGGUGGUCAGGCCCCCCCCCCUUUUAUUUGUUGUGUGUGUGAGUAUAUAUAUAUAUAUAUAUAUAUAUACAUAUAUUUAUUUUAAUUUUUUUUUAUUGUGACCAAAGUCUAUGGUGUUUGUUUUGCAAAAUAUGCUUCCCUACUUUGAAAAGACUUAGAUCACUGCAUCCUAUUCUGUCUUCAUGCCGUGCCUUAUGCUCUUCAAACAGAUUGCAUCACAGUUCCCUAUCGUAGUUGCUGGGUUUUUUUUUUGUUAUCUUGUGGGACUUUAAUUCUUCCCAUGGUGCAGUAGAGAUAGAGUAUGCAGGCAGUGAGUCAUAAAGAAUAAAACUUCCAAAACAUACAGAACAUAUAUCUGAGCUGUAGAUUACUAUAUGAACAGCUGUGCCUCAUCAUUAAAUGCAGAUGACCCACACAAGGAGCCUAUCAACACAAAGAGCUUUCUGUCAUACCUGAAAGCAUAUUCUCAGAAAGCAUUCAACCGACUGACAGUGAUCAAAUAACAACCCAGUUACGAUACAGGAAAGGUAGCAAAGAUACUUGGCUGGUACUCUGAAUAAUCAUUAUCAUGGAAGACAAGCACUUUAUAACAUCAUUAAAUUUAUUUUUAAGACAUUUUAAUAUUCGUAACACUUAUAAUAAAUUCUUACCUUGUUUAUAAAAAUUAUAUUUAUAGGCACAAUGCUAUGAUUAAGCAACUCUGAGCAUUAAACACAUGAGAUGAAAGAAGGUCUGUGGUGAGUACUCUCUGUCACUGUCUAACCCUGUGCUUCUCUAUGAGUUUUUACUUCUGGAAUACAGAAUGGAUCUUUAACACAUGACACUGUCUAUUUAUGGAUUUCUGCUUGAAAGAGCACAUAGUUUCAAGCACCCCUUGUUUAAAACUCAUCACUUUUCACUUUUUUUUAAUUUUAUUUAUAUAUUAUAUAAUGUAUAAUCUAGAAAAAUUAAACAAUUGCCACUAGAAAGCUAGUACCACAAAAUACAAAUUACUGGUCAGUGCUGUUUAAUUUUCUGGAAUCAAUUACAACUGAUUGAUUUAAAGGGACACUAUCCUACUGAGACCCAGCACAUUAAAGGGACACUAUAGUCACCUGAACAACUUUAGCUUAAUGAAGUAGUUUUGGUGUAUAGAACAUGCCCCUGCAGCCUCACUGCUCAAUCCUGUGCCAUUUAGGAGUUAAAUCCCUUUGUUUAUGAACCCUAGUCACACCUCCCUGCAUGUGACAUGCACAGCCUUCCAUAAACACUUCCUGUAAAGAGAGCCCUAUUUAGGCUUUCUUUAUUGCAAGUUCUGUAUAAUUAAGAUUUUCUUAUCCCCUGCUAUGUUAAUAGCUUGCUAGAUCCUGCAAGAGCCUCCUGUAUGUGAUUAAAGUUCAAUUUAGAGAUUGAGAUACAAUUAUUUAAGGUAAAUUACAUCUGUUUGAAAGUGAAACCAGUUUUUUUUUCAUGCAGGCUCUGUCAAUGCAUGAAUUGUAGCCCAUGGAUCAGCACAGCAAAGAGGAAUAGGCCUUGACAGAGCCAGGAGGUAGGCAUAGCAGCCACAGGAAGUUAGUGACAGCUAUCAUGCUGGGUAGGACGGAGCCAUAAGGGGAGUAUUUAUACCGGCCAUUAUAUGAAGUGGCCAUUUUAACUGAACCUAAGCUUACCUGUCAGUUGUCCCUCCCACCCUCCCUGUAUUUGGUUAGGUUAGUUCAUUUCCCGUUUUUUUUCCCAGUUUCUGUAUUAACAUGUUAUUUAGAUUGUUAUCUAUUGUUAUUAUUGUGGGGUCAUUGCUAGGAGUUUGUUAUGUAUAUGGGGGAUGUUAACGUUAUUAAGAUUUGAUGGCAAUGACCCCAUUUGUUAUUCCUUAAUUAUUUUAUUAAUAAUUUAAUAAAGCUGUGGACUAAUUAUUUCCAACAGUAUAAACUGUGUCCAUGUUUUAAUGGGGGUUUGGGUAAGGUUAGCGCCUAUGCCGGCAAAUCCGACUGUGCGCCUGUCAAGAAACAAAGUGAUUUAACUCCUAAAUGACAGUGAAUUGAGCAGUUAAAUUGCAGGGGAAUGAUCUAUACACUAAAACUGCUUUAUUUAGCUAAAGUGAUUUAGGUGACUAUAGUGUUCCUUUAACUUGUGUCCUCUUUACUGGACAUUUAGUUCACAUGCUUCUCCUUUUAUUCUUUUGAUCUACUCUAUCAAUCCCUGCUGUAUUAUAAAGAGGACAUCCUGGGCUUUCCAGUGAUAUGUCAUGUGAUGCUGGGAACUUCCUCUUCAUAAAAAAAUGGAAAGAAAUUGGAAUAGCACAGUAUAGCACAGUCUGCUUAAUUUAGAUUCUUAUCUCUUGCACUGUUAGUAGCUUGCUAGACCUUGUAGGAGCCUCCUGUGUGUGAUAAAAGUUAAAUUUACAGAGCAGGAGUUAAAAACAUAUAAAGCAAGUUAACAUCCUAUUUGAAAAGGAAACCUUUAUUUUUCAUGCAGGUUGUGUCAGUCACAGCAAGGGGAGGUGUGCCUAGGUCUGCAUAAACAGAAAUAAAAGUGGUUCAACUCCUAAAUGGCAGAGAACUGAGCAGUGAGAUUUGAGGAGCAUGAUCUCUACACCAAAACUGCUUCAAUAAGAGCUAAUGUUGUUUUGAUGUCUAUAGUGCCCCUUUAAGGUUGAUUUAUUUUAUAAUAAUUGUAAUUCUUUGCAAGAUUAAAUGUUUCAUGACAAAUACCAUGUUGAUUCACUCUGCAGACACAUCACUUCCCAACUUUUUUUAAAAAAUGUUGUACUGUCAUUUAAUGUGUUUGUCAGAGAAAGUGUUACAAUUUAAUUUUGCUGUUUAAACCUACAUAUCUGAAAAAUUAUCUCCAGUUUUCUAGAGGCAUAUUAAUUUAUACCAUUCUACCAUUAGUUGCCUUGAAGUAUUCAGAGAAAGAUUUUUUUAUUUUAUUUUUUUAAUCAAAUUUUUGCCUGUGUAUACAGUUGACAUUUGAGAAAGAAUUAUAUGUUAUACAUUUUUCACUCUCCCUGGCUAAGGAUGAAAAGUGCUACAGUUGUUUUCUCUCUUUUUUUUUUUUUUUUUACUUUGAGCCUCACUGAGGAGGUUGUGUUUGGCAUUUCCUGAAUCCUACGACCAACUAAUCUUAAGCCACCAUGUAGCCUGUAUGGUAAACCCUGCUGUAUCUUGCUUCGUUUUAAUACAUAGUAUAUGGACCUCUGUCCCACUUCAUUGCAGCACAGGGUACAGCAGUGUACACCAUGUGGUACUGUUGAUCACCAUUGCAAUUGGUGUUAUAAUGUUACAACAAUAUUGAGACAUUAUAGUGUUUUAUAACAAUGGUUGUCACAAGUGACUUUUUUUAAAAACGCUACUUUUUUUUUAACACUUUUUUUAUUGUGAAUGUUAAAUCCAACACAUAUGUCCAGCAUAGUUUUAGCUACAGGAAGUUUGUCAUGGAACAGAUACGGAGUCAAGAGUGUACAUGGGGCACUUUUUAGCAUUUAACAAUACAACAUAAGUAAAGAAAACAAAAGUUUGUCAAGUAUAACAUGGCCAUGGAUAAUUUUCAGACAGUAUAGUUGUAUCAAGGUCAGUAGGACCCAGAAAAAAAAAAAGCUUCCAUCGCUGGCAAGAAAAUCGGCAACAUUUGCCUCCAACCUUGGUCAUUUGAAGAGGAGCAAUUGGUGGCCAGGAAAAUAAAUAACAAGGGGAAGGAUAUCUCCAUUUCUCCUGAACAGAGAAUUUAAAGUGCCAGACAUUGUGAUUAGAAGGAGUACAUUGGGAGUAUCAUGACUGGGUACAGUGCCAUCCAAAUGGUGAGUUACAUUUCCUUGUGUUGGGUAAAUUGGUUGGGCACUUGGUAUUGGGAUGUGGCCCAUAGACUUUGGAUAGGCCCAGCUUAGCUAUAUUACCAAGUUAGUGUAGGUUUAACCUGAAACUUGGAAUAAAGCAAGAUUUCUAUAGCAUGUUGAAUUAAUUUUAUAUGUUGUCUGGUCACUUGUUCAUUAUCCUACGAAAUUAGUGGUAUAGACAAUGUCUAUAUUGCUGGGCAUUACUUUGUAUUAAGAGCUAUUUCUAGAAGGGUGGCACAGACCCUUCCCUUGUCUCCCUCGCUCCCCCUCUCCCCCCCCACCCACUCCCAGUCUCUCUCGCUUCUCUCCUCUAUAGUCUUUAUUCUUGUUGUGCAAAUGAUGACAAAGAGAGCUUGUGUAUCCACAAGCAGUAACAAGCAUAGCAAUAACAAACGAUAUUAAAUAUGGUCAUGACCUUUGGAGAAACUGCACAAUGUUUUGAAUUAAUUACAGAUGUGCUAAAUACGCCACAGCAGUGAUAUCAAGCGUAGUAUAAACAGGUAAUACACCAUGUCAUAUAGAACAGCAGCACAUUUUUACGUGUUAGUAACCAAAUUAGUUAAAAUAAAAUAAGAUGCGAGUGAAGAAGUCCUGACUAACUGGGUUGCAGCAAUUAAGCAGAAAGUGCAAGCUAAUUGUAUGUGAGAAUACCAGGUUAUAUAUGAUUAGCUAGACAUGAGAUUCAUGACGACUUAAUACUUGUGCCACUUAAAUACCAAAAGAAGUAGUUGUUAAUAGGACUGUCGUUGAAGUUGCACACUAAAUGUUAGAUAUGUUAAACUGUACAACCACUCAUCUGCAACAAUGUGUCACAUUAGACCGUAUAAUAAGUAGUUAUGUCUGGUUAGGGGUCAUUGGUUAGUAAUGUGUGAAUAGGUUAGACAGAGUGGCCGUCAAUAUGGUAAAGUAUCAACUUUAUAUGUCGUCCGGUCCAGCCUUGGGAAUUCGUGGGUUGGACAUGUAUCUUAAAAAAAAGUAAAAAUAAUAACAAAAAAAAUUGAACUGUGUGCCGGUUCGGUUCCCCCACCCUCCAAUUCAACCUUGUAUGCUUCUAUUUUUAGCUACCUGUGUUGUUUAACAAGCUGUGAUUUGUAAAGGGUUUCGACCGGCCACCACUUCUGCCAAGAACCACACUGUGUACUUUAGGGCUUUCCUCACUUUGAUUUGAAAGGAGUCAUCCAAAGUAAGGAGAUAUGAUCUCCAAGUCAGGAUAAAUUUCCUGGCAAGGAUUUCUUUGUCGGUUAGUGUCACCAACCAAUCCAUUUUGAAAAGAAAUUGGAGUUUAGUUAAAAAUAAUUGUAGCAGGAUGUCUGUAGGAGUUAUGUCAGGGAAGUGUGUUUUCCAUUUUCCCAUGCCAUGUUUGAAGACCAGUCCAGUCUGGAGUGUAUGUAUGAACAUGUAGAGUUUAGAUGUGGAAUAAGUGGCUCGUUUAGAGGAGCGCAGCAUGGUGUCUAAGGGGUUCUCCCAAUCCACUGCUGUGAAAGUUUGAGUGAUAGAGUGGUAGUAGUGCCGCACCUGGCAGUCUGCAAACCAUGGGGUUGGAAGGCCCGGGAAUAAACGCUACUUUUCUUUUUUUUUUAAAGUAAAUCUUACUAAGUCACCAACCACACCUCCCACCACAUCCAUUUUAUGGCAGUUAGAAAUGAGGCAAAGUAUGCAGAAUUGGUUUUGAAAUGUUUAUUUUAGUUUCCUUUUAACAGACUUUUGUGUUAUGAAGCAAAGCACAUACAGACUCCUUUGACAUUUAAUACCGCUGAAUGAUGUGGCAAAAUAACAGAAUCUGCAGACACUUCCUCAUUGUUUGACUUGACUAAAUUGUACUGACAAGUGUCGCACUCCCUUAGGGAUAAAAGAGAUUUGUCAUGUUCUGUACCUGGAGCAUAUACUGCAUGUCAAUCAGUAAGUACAUAUAUACCUAGUAUAAUUAUCCUUUGAUGUAAAACGACAUUAUAAGGGCUCAGUGAAUCCUAUCAGCACCUCUUUAUUUGGCUUGGGAUUCCAUGCAUUUUAAAAUAUUUUUUCUCUUAAUUCAUUCUGUUUCACAGUGUUUUUUAAUAGAAUGAGCACAGUGAACCAGUUAGCAGAUAAUUAAUUAUAACUUCUCAUUCCUUGUCUAAUAGUCUAUUGAAGCCAAAAUCAGUACACUGAGAGUACUAGUGAAUUGCUUGCAAUUAGAAACUACAUAUCCCUGUUUCUUAAAAUGGUCCAUCCUAUUGGAAAUAGACAAAGUACUUUAUUUGUGUUCUCUGAUUUUGGAAUGAUGCAAAUAAAUAUAUUAAUGUCUGUUAAAUUAUUCAAGCAAUACAAACCUCAGUGGCAUAUAAGUAGUAUAAACAGGCACUGUGUAUAAAAUAACUACAUAUUUUAUUUUUCUUUGCAGUUUUUUUAAUAUGUCAGAACAAAAUGAUUGCAAGCUAAACAAAAGAAAAUCAUAUUUCUAUUGUUAACUGUGGCACUUCUUGUGCCUUAUAAAUGGUUAAAUUGGAUAGCCUGCAUAAUCUAACUUUUAUGGUCAUUUGUCCAGGUGAGAAAUUGGGUCUUAUGAUUUAGUAUUAAAACUUUAAAAGCAAAAAUGCUCUUCAUUUAUAGAAUUCAUGAAUAUUUUCUGAAGGCACAUGCUGCAGCACACAAUGCCCCUCUUCAUCAUACUUGGGUGAUAUAAAUAUUUAUCCUGAUAAACAGCCAAAUUCUAAGAGGCCUGAAAUAGUUUUUGCAAACAUUCCAUGCCAAUUAUAAUUUUUAAAAAAACAAACAAAUAAAAAUAUAUCCAGUUUAAAGCAAUACGUUGGCAGCUAUCAGCUAGAGAGUAAAUAAACAGCUUAUAAACCUCUUCCUGUCCGAUGACGUAUGGUGUACUUUGCCGUGAUGUCACAACAGACUUAUCCCAUACUUCACCUGAAAAAUGGGUACAGACAUUCUGCCCAGCCAGGGAUACUGUGUAUCAGGCUAUUACUGGAUGCUUUAGGAGUGAGGCAUCCCAUCAUAUAGCUCCCUUGAGGUUUUCUCAGAUAUGUGAUCUCUGCUUUUGAAGAAAUGGCUUGACCAUGACACUGAGGCAGUAUUGAUGUUCUCUAAGAGUCUGAGCUGGUUAUUAGACAUGUGUAAUUCAUUCUGUUCCGAAUGUACAUUCGUACAAAUUUCAUGGCAUUCGGAUGCCUGCGAAUGUCUGAAGUGCCGAGGUUCCGAAGUACCAAAGUUCAGUAGUUAGGAAGUGUGGAAGCUCCGAAGUGCCGAAUUGAUUCGGAUUUUUUAAAAGUGCCAAAACAAGAGAGAGAGAGGCAAAAUUACGUAAACGAUGACCGGAAUCUUGACCCAUAAGUGAAUUCCUUUUGUGCAGUGUAAUGCUUGCUUGCUCAAUCCGGUUUCACUAUUCUCUGUCCAAUGAAAUUAGCAAAUUCUUGUGAUUGAUGUUAGAGGAUAGCCAAUUUAUGGUGAUUUUGUCACUGAUAUUUGGCCAAACAAGGCACACACAGUCAUUGAGGUGGGAUAGUAUAUAAAUCAGGCUCUCAGGUUUUUUUUUUAAAACGAACGACAUUCCCAACUGCCGAAUGCCUGAUAGUAAUGACAUGCCGAACUGCCAAACGCUCAAAAUGAAUGCCUGAAUGCCAUGUGCCCGAAUGCGGAAUUGUCUGAACCGAAUGCCAUUGGGCAGUUCCAAAGUGCCGAACUGAAUGCCAUUGGUCCGAAUUGCCUAAGUAGACAAAUUUCUUUACUUACCCGAAUUUCCGAACCUAAUUUUUUGCCCAUGCACAUCACUACUGGUUAUUGCUGGAUGAAUGGCAAAUGAUGCACUUAUUCUAAAAUGUGUAUAUGUUAUGGUGUAUGGGGUUUUGAGAAAAACUGUCAGAUUAUUAAUUGACUUUAUAUGUUUUGAUGUGCAAUUAAUAUAUAUAUUUUUGUUGAUAUUAUUAUUUUAUUAUUUAUACAGUGCCAGCAAAUUCCAUAGCGCUGUACGAUAUGCACCUGUGUUGCAGUUGCUGCCUAUAUGUUAUGAAGUAUUUUCAAAAUCAGAAAAAAAUAUUAUCAGGAAAUAAAAAAUAUAUAUUUUUAAGGGAUAUUUUUUUUAGGUGCACUAUGCAUAUCCAGAGUAUACCAUACAACAUUUCAGAUGAGGAAUAUUUUUAUUUUAAGGUGGUGUGGAUAGAGGUGGUGCAUGAAAGAUAAAAUGUACAGGGAAUUGUCGGGACUAAAACUAAAUGUAAAGUAAAUAUUACAUUUUAGGGCAAUAUUGUAAUACUGAAAACAUAGCUGACUUUAUUUUAGCAUAAAAAUGUCAAAUUGCUUUGAAUUCCAAAUAAUUAUAACUUUAGUGAAUAGCCCUAUAAUAUGACUUUAUGACCUAUUGAUAACUACUUACUCAAGUCAUUUAGGAGAAGCCCGGAGUCUGUUGUUUCAACAUACUAAUUUAAAAGUACAUUUGUUUUUCUUUGAAAACACAUUACUGACAGUUUUAUAGCCACAAAGCUUUAUGAUACACUAAUAUACAGUUGCAAGAAAAAGUAUGUGAACCCUUUGGAAUGAUAUGGAUUUCUGCACAAACUGGUCAUAAAAUGUGAUCUGAUCAUCAUCUAAGUCACAACAAUAAACAAUCACAGUCUGCUUAAACUAAUAACACACAAAUAAUUAAAUGUUGCCAUGUUUUUAUUGAACACACCAUGUAAACAUUCACAGUGCAGGUGGAAAAAGUAUGUGAACCCUUGGAUUUAAUAACUGGUUGAACCUCCUUUGGCAGCAAUAAUUUCAACCAAACGUUUCCUGUAGUUGCAGAUCAGACGUGCACAACGGUCAGGAGUAAUUCUUACCAUUCCUCUUUACAGAACUGUUUCAGUUCAGCAAUAUUCUUGGGAUGUCUGGUGUGAAUCGCUUUAUUGAGGUCAUGCAAUAGCAUCUCAAUCGGGUUGAGGUCAGGACUUUGACUGGGCCACUUCAGAAGGCGUAUUUUCUUCUGUUUAAGCCAUUCUGUUGUUGAUUUACUUCUAUGCUUUGGGUCAUUGUCCUGUUGCAACACCCAUCUUCUGUUGAGCUUCAGCUAGUAGUAGACAGAUGGCCUUAAGUUCUCCUGCAAAAUGUCUUGAUAAACUUGGGAAUUCAUUUUUCCUUUGAUGAUGGCAAUCCGUCCAGGCCCUGAUGCAGCAAAGCAGCCCCAAACCAUGAUGCCCCCACCACCAUACUUCACAGUUGGGAUGAGGCUUUGAUGUUGGUGUGCUGUGCCCUUUUUUGACAACACAUAGUGUUGUGUGUUUCUUCCAAACAACUCAACUUUGGUUUCAUCUGUCCACAGAAUAUUUUGCCAGUACUGCUGUGGAACAUCCAGGUGCUCUUGUGCAAACUGUAAACGUGCAGCAAUGUUUUGUUUGGACAGCAGUGGCUUCCUCUGUGGUAUCCUCCCAUGAAAUCCAUUCUUGUUUAGUGUUUUACGUAUUGUAGAUUCGCUAACAGGGAUGUUAGCAUUUGCCAGUGACUUUUGUAAGUCUUUAGCUGACACUCUAGGAUUCUUCUUCACCUCAUUGAGCAGUCUGCGCUGUGCUCUUGCAGUCAUCUUUACAGGACGGCCACUCCUAGGGAGAGUAGCAGCAGUGCUGAACUUUCUCCAUUUACAGACAAUUUGUCUUACCGUGGACUGAUGAACAGCAAGGCUUUUGGAGAUACUUUUAUAACCCUUUCCAGCUUUAUGCAAGUCAACAAUUCUUAAUCGUAGUUCUUCUGAGAGCUCUUUUGUGCGAGGCAUCAUUCACAUCAGGCAGUGCUUCUUGUGAAAAGCAAACCCAGAACUGGUGUGUGUUUUUCAUAGGGCAGGGCAGCUGUAACCAACGACUCCAAUCUCAUCUCAUUGAUUGGACUCCAGUUGGCUGACAUCUCACUCCAAUUAGCUCUUGGAGAUGUCAUUAGUCUAGGGGUUCACAUACUUUUUCCACCUUCACUGGGAAUGUUUACAUGGUGUGUUCAAUAAAAACAUGGCAACAUUUCAUUCUUUGUGUGUUAUUAGUUGAAGCAGACUGUGAUUGUCUAUUGUUGUGACUUAGAUGAUGAUCAGAUCACAUUUUAUGACCAAUUUGUGCAGAAAUCCAUAUCAUUCCAAAGGGUUCACAUACUUUUUCUUGCAACUGUACACUAUGCAUUGGGAUAUAAUUUUUUAUUUUUGUUUUCUCACAAUUUAUAGAUAAUCAUGCUACAUGAGGCAUUUAUCAAUAUGGUAUUAAACGAAAGCUGUAUCUUUCCUUGUGAAAAAGAGUAAAUAAUUUUUACAGGCAACAAAGGAAAACGAAUUAAAGGGACAUGCAUCGCUUGACAAUAAUUUUUUCUAACCCAGCAAGUAAACACUUUUAAACAAACAUACAAGCCAAAAUUAAGCAAGUAACACUUUGAAAAGUAUUUAAUAAACAAUUAUAAACUUGCUAUAAACUUGUCUAUAUUGCCUCUCAACUAGGGGAUUUUAUAAAGCCUCUCUCCUCCUCCCUCUCACCAACUCAUCUCAGUUUCAGACUAGUCCUCUAAUGAUAGAAACAGGGCAUUGUUGUGCAGCAGCAAGAAAGCGAACUCAGACACCGAAGCCUACUCUGUACGAUUACACGCUCUCUCUUCUCCCCCUGUCAUGAUGUUGUACGGUUUGCACAUGUGUAAAUCUGUAGUCAUUCCCAGUGCAAUUUUCCAACAUUAAUAGGUAUAGGACACUGAUUUGUUAGAACAGUGUCGCACUUGGUGUGGCAAUUCAUAUCUCAUGCAUCAUAACACAUUCAGACAAUUGCAAAAUAAUGAGGAGCUCUAAUAGGAUCACUAAUUCACAGAUCAUUUUAUUGUACCUCCUUAAAAAUAUACCUCCCAUCUCCCAUAUCUCAUAUAUACUGGGUUGGGAGGAGGUGUGGCUGAGACAGGGUGUGUGUCAGUGACACACAGUUAUACAUCCUAGACACUCAGAAUAUUUUAUGUGUCGGAGUGUUAUCACAGAGAGCCACAGCAGCAAAAUAUACACUGUGUUUUACUGUAAUGAUUGUUUUAGGAAUAUUGACAUUAUUUUUGCAACUAAUUGCCUUGAUGAAUUGUCACAUUUGAGUCUGCCACAUGUCGCAGCUGAAUCCCCUGAAUCUCCCUGAAUAUCCAGCUACAGAAGACAUCUGAACCAGUGGCGGAACUAAUAUAGAGAGGGCCCUGUGCAAAUUUAUUUUCACAAGGGUGGCCAUAACGUUGAUCUGCAUCUGUAGUAAACUCCCACAAUGCUAACUGGGAUCUGCCAUUUAUCCAUUCCUGCACAUUGUUUUUAGCACUGAUUAGUGUUUGUGUGUUUGAAUGUAAGUAAGUUUUUGCAUGGAGUAUGUCUGAGUGAAUGCAGGGAUGUAUUUGUAUGUAUGUUGGUGUUGGAUUGCAGUUGUGCAUUUAUGUGUAGUGUUGGUUUUUGAAUUCCUGGGUUUUUAUAUAUAAUGUUGGUGUUUUAAAACAGAAGUGUGUUUGCAUGUAGUGUUGAUGUUUGAAUGUAGGGGUGUAUGUGUGUGUUGUGUGUUUGUGUGUUGGUGUGUGAAUGCUAAGACGUAUGCGCAUGUAUGCAUACAUUACCACACACUGAUACACAUACAUACACAGAUAUACACACAGUAAUACACAUACAGACACACAGAAACAUACACUGACACAUAUGCAGAUACACAGAUGCACCAAAACACACAAUGAUACAGAUACACACACAGACACACAGAAAGACACACUGACACACAUACAGACACAAACACUGGCAUACAUAUGGACACACAGAUACAAACACUGACAAAUACAGACACAUGUGCUGUUCUAAAUUUAGAACAUUUUAGCCACCCUCCAGUUUCCUACCUUUUGAAUGCUGACUGUUGCUGUUGGGAGUCAGAGGCUGGCUCUUGCAGUUCACCCCCAUGUUAAAGGGGCCCAGAUGCACAGUUGAAGCACCGCAGUGCACGAUCAGUCCCCUAACAGAUGCCCAUUGGGUUGCCCUAAGUGCAUGGGCUACCUGAUGGGGCCCCCCAGCAUGCAGGCACUGGUGCAGCUGCACCGGCGAUAGUUUCACCACUGCCCUGAACAAUAAAAAGUCACAUAUUUGCCAAAGCAACAAAACCUUAGGCAUGUACCCUCCAAUUCUCUCCAUGUAUGAUAUGUAGUGAUAAAGGAUAAUACGUCUUCACAUGGCUAUGGACCUAUGCAUUGAUUUUCCCAGACAGUAUCUGUGCUACAGCCAUAUUGUUUUCUAAAUUCAUACUGGUAUAUGGCCUGUAGUGGUACACACUUUGUUUCGUUUGGUAUUACAUUAUUACAUUGUAUUGUUUUGUAUAAAGCAUACGUCCCUAAAUUUCAAAAUGCCAGAGGGACAAGUUUAAUAGUGUGAGUGGUUAUGGGUGUAAAAUUGAAUUCACGACUUUUUGCCACAUUUGUUAUUUGAAAAUUCAGAGCAGUUCAGUUUCAUCGCUGUGAAAGGGGUAGAAAGGAAUUUGGACACACAAUAGUGAUUAUUCCUACUAAAGAGGGACAUGGUCUUUUACCAUGAAUUUUGAUAUUAUGUUUCCUUAACCCCUAUAUUUAGCAAAUAGCUUUUUGUGAGGUGUGAAAAAUACAAAUUUGUCCUAGAAAAGGACACCUGCAUACUAACUACCUAUAAUUCAUAAUUUUAGAUGCUACUCUUUAUGAAACAUGGUUAGUUGAAGAGGAGAAUUCAAAACAAAGUUUGUCAUCCACUUCAUUUGCAUUACAUGCCCUGACUGUGCGUGGACUAAACUGGAUUUUUAAUUUUUUUUUAUUUAUUUAGGUUUACAUGCAAUUAUCCUUUACAAAAGGCUAUUGUUCGAAUACCCAAAACAUUUUGACGUAACAAAUAGAUUUUUAGAGUAAUGACUGAACAGAAUAAUGAUGCUUAUCAUUGCAUGAAGAAAAACAACUUAAAGUGGACCUAUAAUUUACUUUGGUUUUCUUUUCUUAUUCCUCCUAUAUCUUAAAGAUUGUACUGCCCUCCAUGCCGCCUUUAUUUAUAUUUAUCUCUUUUCUACCUUGUGCUGGAUCUCAAUAUCUGGGUGCAGACAUUUAAUUCUUCUUUGUCCAUUAAUUCUUCAGUUUCCCUACUGUGUGACUGAAUUUUAACUGAUGGAUUGUGGGUACGUUUGACUGCUGAAACAGAACUUUGCUUUAAGUUCCACCCAUUGUCAAGUUUUGUCAACCUGAUUGCUGGACAUGAGGAAAAGUAGUCCCCAUUUUUAUUUAUAUAUUUAAAGGGACUAUCCAGUGCCAGGAAAACAAACCAGUUUUCCUGGCACUGCAGGAUCCUGCAGUGCUCCCUUCCCUCCCACCCCCAUCCCAGGUUGGAGGGGUUAAAAUCCUUCAGUGACUUACCUGAAUCCAGCGUCGAUGUCUCUCAUGGCUACGCGCGCAUUAGACCUCCCCAUGCUUUUCUAUGGGGAUUCAGGCGACGCUGGAGGUCCUCGUGCAUAGCGUGAGGACAUCCAGUGUCAUUUAAAACAAUUUUCGUGUUCUAAGAAGCCGGAAGUCCCUCUAGUGGCUGUCAGUUAGACAGUUAUAAAAACUGCAAUAAUUACACUUGCAGGGUUAAAGGUGAUGGGAGUUGGCACCCAGACCACUCCAAUGGGCAGAAGUGGUCUGGGUGCCUGGAGUGUCCCUUUAAUGAAAACAAGGGUAUGCAGGAAAUAAAAACCAAUUCAAUCACAGGGAGCUAUACAGAAAAAUAUUAGAUGACGAUUAUUUUUAGUUACAGAGCCUCUUUAACACAGGUUAAAGGUGAUUUUCAAUGUUUUAAUCAAUGGUGUAAUUUCUGGGAAAGUGGCAGUUCCGCUUUAAGAGGUGUGUACAACUUGAACUAUUCUCUUCAUUCUUUAUAACCCUCAUAAAUUAUUUGCUUCCUCUUUGAUUUUUGAGGGAAGGGAUUUUUGCUGCUUAUAGCCAGACAGACAUGAAAACUAUUAAAAAUCCACUAAAGUCACCCAAGCCAUUUAAUCUCAAUGACGUGGUCUGGGUGCAGUGAUCCUAUAGGUUUAAGCCCUGUAAUGUGAAACUAAAAAAAAAAAAAAUUAUUUUAGAAAUCGCAAUGUUUACAUUACAUUAACAGUUAAACACACCUCUAGUGACUAUCAUACUGACUGCAAAUAGAGGCAUUCUCUACUUGAAGCAUUCUCCAAGUAAAAUGCGGUAAUGUGACUGCAGCCCCCAUAGUAAAGCAUUGAUUCAAUGCUUUCCUAUGGAAGAAUUUGCGCUUCACUUCCCCAUGUCUCCUCCACAACACUGCUGGAGUAGGAAAGGUAAGCAGCCAAGGGAACCUCAUAGCUGGAAAAUGGUACGUACUAGUUUUAUCAAUUUCUAUGUCGAGCUGUGGGGGUAGAGAUGGUAACACUAAAGCAUUAGUAGAAAUGCACAUUUGUAUUCCUAAUGCUUUUGUGUUCCUUUAAAUAUUUUUGUGGCUUAACUUCCCUGAUUUCUCCUUGGUACUUUGCUAUAAGAUUGUUUAAUGUCACCUUAUAUUAUCAGGAGACCUUUGAUAUCACUUAUUAGCUUUCCUUUAUAUUAUCUUAAUUACUCUGGCACUGUGUCCUAUAAAGCUCUAAACAUUGUUCAGUUCCUGGAAUAUCUAAUCCAUUGAUGUUUCCAUGAUAUAGCUGCUCCUAAAACCUACCUCUAUUCACUACAUAUCAAGCAUAGUUUUAAUGCUUGUGCUAAAUUUCUUCGUCUCUGAACAAACUGGUCAUAUAUCUAGUGGAACAAAUCAGUUCAACAGAUCACUGAAUAUAUAUUUGUGCGUAGAAUGGCCAUCUCCUGCACUCACUUUUUAUGUCUUUGCUGAUUUUAUAUACCUGCUCCAAAAAAUGUUUAAAUUGUCCAAUAUAUAUAUAUAUUAUUUAAUUAGGAAUAGGUACAAAUAGCCAUUUACAACCAAUAUUUAAAACGGACAGAUGGUGGGCACAAUGUUUUCUAACAUGAUAUGUAAAGGGUACAACAAACGUAACCUACAAGACCUAAUGAACAAAAAGUGAUCAUCAUAUCACGCAAUACAAUUCAUCUCCCUUAAAAUCUGCUUCUUUUUGACAACCCUGAGGACUGAGUAAAGUUAUCUCUGCACCCUGAAUACUAUUCUCCAUAUUAGGCCGAUCCGGAAUAUGUUAAUAAUUUACAAGGAAUACACUAACUUUUUAAAAUAGGAUCUAAUCUAUAAUACGUUCAUCUUUUGAUUUGGUCAAGGAACUCAAGACAAUAUGACCUACUGCGACUUGAUAAGUUAGCCUGUUUUUGCGUACUUAUUGCACAUAUGUCACAUUACUAUUUUCUACAGCAACAUUGCAAAUGUAAUGUUUCUGUGUCAGAUUUUCAGUGCCUUUAUUUUGGUAUAGAUACAUAGAAAAAAAACCUGCACAGUUGAUAAGUCCUAUAAAGGCUUAUUCCAACACCAACAAAUUGAUGUUUAGGCUCAAAAAGAACCUUUCUCAAACAGACGUGGCAUGGGAAUAAUUAAUCCCACACUAUAGUAACCAAAACAACUUUAGCUUAAUGAAGCCGUUUUGGUGUAUAGAUCAUGCUCUUUCGGCCUUACUGCUCAAUUAGCUGCCAUUUAGGAAUUAGUUUUUUGUAUCCCUAGGCACACCUCCCUGUAUGUGACUUACACAAACUUCCUGUAAAGAGUCAUCUAAUGUUUAGUUUUGUUUAAUUUAGAAUUUCUUAUCUCCUGCUCUGUUAAUAUCUUGCUAGACCCUGCAGAAGCCUCUAGGAUUUAAUUAAAGUUCAAUUUACAGAACAGGAGAUUUUUAAAAAAAAACUUUCAAAAUAAGUUACAUCUGAUUGAAAAUUAAAACAUUUUGUUUCCAUGCAGACUGUGUCAGUCACAGCCAGAGAAGGUAUGGCUAGGGCUGCAUAAACAGAAACAAAGUGAUUUAACUCCUAAAUGGCAGAGGAUUAAGCAGUGAGGCUGCAGGGGCAUGUUCUAUACACCAAAACAGCUUCAUUAACCUAAAGUUAUUUUGGUGACUAUAUAAUACCUCUAACUCUAACACUCAUAACAGUGACACCAAAACAGCAUUAUAUUCCCACUACAAUUGUUUCAAUUCUUAAAACGAUGGGUUUUCUGUCUAACUGUAACACACACACACACACAGACAUACAUACAUUCACACACACACAGACAUUGACAGACAUACACACAGACACACACACACAGACAUACAUGCACACACAUACAGAGAUUCAUACAGACACACACACCUUUCCCUGGGGUCCACUGGCUCAGCCUGAUGGGAGUCAGAGUUCCCACUCUGACUCUCUCCUCUCCUUCCUCCCGCGCAGCUCCCGGUGGUUGCUGGCAGGAGUGACUGGGGCAGUCACUUCCUCCCAGCGCAGUCUGACAUCAUCAGACGGCGCCCGGUCGCGCUGUUAAAGCUCUGACUGAGCCCCCUGGAAAUGCAUGGCAUCUGGUGGUCCUAACAGUAUGGGCCACCGGAUAGGCCCCUUCAAUGCGGUUACUUAGAGUGGUGGGCCCGGUUGCAGCUGCGACCCCUGCAGUUCCGCCACUGGGUGGCACCACGCUUUGCACCAUACCCACUACAGCUAUGCUUCCUACUGUUAUAAUAAGUCCGCUGUUUUUAAACAAUCAAUGCAAGAUCCAUGGGGUACUCAAUGAGGCUGAAUUUCCACUCACUCACUGAUGGCUAGUAGCCAAACAGAAAUUCUGAGCACUGGUAGUAAAACAGCCAAAUUCAAGAAUCUAUUUUAUUAAAAAGCUUUAUUUUUCUAAAAUAUUCUUUUACUUUUACAUUUUUUUUUCAUUGUCACCAAAAAAAAUUUUUCCCACAGAGUUCAGUAGAUCUCUUGCUCUUUUUGUAUGAUGGAACCAAUAUCUGAUUAAAUACAGUUUUUUAAUUAAGUGAGUAGAGUGUCAAUCUAUAAAUAAAAUGUCAUAUUUAAAGGAACCAUAUAGCAUUAGUGAGACAAACCUGUAUUCUUAACACUGUAGUGCCCCUGUCCCUAGAGAGAUUCAGAUACAAAAAAAUAUUUUUAAAAACUUUGAACUUACCUUUUUUCCCAGCACUGAGACUCUUUUGGUACUGUUUAGUUUUCCCCAUUCUGCAAUGUCAUUGAAGAGGCAACACUUCCUACAAGUGCAGUGGACAUAUCCAAUGCUUCUCAUGGGAAGGGAUUUAAUUCAAUGCUUUCCUUAGAGCAGAAACGUUGUGUGCCUGGGUUUUACUAUGUAGCAGAAGCAACUCUAGUAGCUGUCUGAAAAACAGCCACUAGAGGUGUGUUCUAUAAACCUGCAGCGUUUUACAUUGCAAGUUAAAAUGACAGGGCCACUACUUUAUUAAGAUGAAGUAGUUUGGGUGAAUUUAGCUGUCACAUAAACAAUUUAAAUAAUAUACCGUACACAUUUUCUCAAAAUCUGCAGGUGACAUUGUUGAUAAAAAAAAUAUCACUCCAAAAGCAGAGUAAAUAAUAUGUAUAUAUAUAUAUAUAUAUAUAUAUAUAUAUAUAUUUAUUUAUUUUACAUUUGGAACCCAAUUUCAAUUUAAAUAAACACUUUAUUCAGGAACAAAACAUAUGUUUAUAUAGCCAUAAAAAUGUCAUUAUAGAUUUAAGGGAGAAAUCUAGGAAAUUGAAUAUUAUUUACAGUAUGUUUAGAAACCGCUAAAUGUUGUUUGUACAAUCCAGUCUGAGAUAUAUAGUGUUUUACAGAUGGUGUUUCUGGAGUGCCAUGCACUUUAGCACAGACUCUCACUGUAAGUAAUCCAGCAAGUAUAAUAAGCUAUUCAUGAAGGCAAGCAGUGCAUUGUGGACCCACAACUAGCACAAAAGACAGCAUUUUCAAGUAUACUCGGUCUAAAAUAUAGGUUAAAAAGUGUAGUUGAUGUCAUGUUGAAACUGCCCUUGACAUACUCCUGAGCAGGGUCUGGUUAGCUCAGUAUGCUUCUUGGUGAUUCAAGAGAAUCAUUUAGGAACUAAGAGACUAUGCUCUCUAUAUUGUGGGACAACUCACAGUAAUGUUUUUUAUGCCACAAGUGCCCUGUUGAACCCUCCCUUCCCCAUAAUAAAGAGUCAAUACAUUUUUAAAUAGUUAGACUUUUUACCUGGGGCACACCAGGUGCCACUCCACGGUUCCUUUAUCAUCUUUCCGUAGCUCUACUGAAUUAAGCCCUACAAUGCUCAUUGGGUCACUGAGUGCAAUCAGCUGACAUUCCUGUAAAAUAACAUUCUGUUUCAUUGCAUUAUUAAAAUAAAAAUACAGUGGAGGAAACAAUAUCAGGUUAAAAAAAAUAUAUAUAUAUAUGAAAAAAGUGUCCAAUGUAUUUUUGGAAUGAUUGGAAAUCAGAGCCGAUGGUCAAGUGACUAAUUAAUAGCUGGUAUGGGGACAGAGUAGGAUUAACCAUAAAGUGACCAUAGGCAGCCACCUAAGGCCCAAAUGAUUAACCAUGAGUUUGAGUGGUCUCAUUUACCAUCCCUAAGUGAAGAAAAUAAGGGGGGGACUGGAAACUAGCUUAGGGCCCUGUGGGGUCGCAAUCCUUCUCAUCAUAGGGGUGAAAGUGGUGACGACUACAAAAAUAUAUCAUGUGAAGAUGGAGAGAUGAAAGCAAAAACCUGCAGAUUAAAACAUUAAUAAUAAUAAAUAAUAAUAUAGAAGGAAUCUCAGAUGCAGACCGAAUAAAUUAGCAAUGUAUUGGGGUGUAAAUCUGUGUUUAUCUUUAUCAACCCUCAGCAUAUCUCUAUUGUAUUGCAUCAUGGGAACUACCAAACCCUUACUGCUUGCCAAUCACCAUCAUUGUUAGCUGUAGAACGUUUCCAAAAUUACAGUUGAAUUUGAAAACAUUCCAUUGUGGUAUCAUAGUAUCUCACCUAAGCAUAACCUCUUUUUAUUCAUUUACAGACACUGCAAAGUGCUACUUGUGUUUCAGUUUGUUUCUUUAUCAUUUAUACAAUCUGUUCUGUCGAAAGUUUUAAUAUGUUGCACCAUAGGGUUCUGAAAUGUUCAUUGGGGCUUGGGGCCUGGUAAGAAAGAUAUGCAAUAUAGUCUUGCAGGCUGGUCGAAAAAACCCAAAAAUUUAUAUAUAUAUAUAUAUAUAUAUAUAUUUUAAUAUCACGGUCCAGCACUCGAGCUUAACAAUAUUUUGAAUGUCAAGGCGCAAUUAUAGCCACAUGACACACAUGUAUAUAUAUCUUAACAUAAUGCACUCAUGGUCUUGCUGAAUAGUGUUUAAGUGUUUUUUAUUCAGAAAAUCUAAGUUUCAGCCCACCACACUGGUCUUUCAUCACGAUAUAUCAAAAUACACUUGGAAUGAAAUUAUAUAUACAGUAUAUAUAUAUAUAUAUAUAUAUAUAUAUAUAUAGAAUAUCAUUCAACAAGUAUAUUAUGCAUUAUAUUUACAUAAUUUGAGGAUUUUAUUAAUUAUAUAUUGUGGGACCUGCCCGACGACCCAGGCAGAAAGUCCAGCUAAUUUAAGCUAAUUUAAGUACUAUAUUUGACCCUGUAACUUUUCAAAAAUGAAAAAAAAGCUGUACUUGGGGGUACUGUUGUACUCCUAAAACAUUGCUGAAUACAAAUAAGAGUAUUUUAGACCAAUAAAAACAUAUGACUAUAAGUUAAAGGCCAGUUUUUGUGUGAAAAAUGCAAAAAAAACAAAUAUGAACACUAACUUUGGCCAGGGAUUGUGACUAAGUUGCUACUAAAAUAGACUGGACAUACCCCAUUUUGAAUACCAUGGGUUGUCUACUUUUGCAAAUGAUAUACCAUGAUUGGGGGGUAAUUUUCAUUCCUGGGCUGCCAUACGCUCUCAAAGGCAACAUAGGCCCAGCAAACCAAUCUAUCAAAUUUCAAUGUGUAAAAACUGAAAUGGUCAAGCCCUAUAUGUAAUCCUGUAACUUUCCAACAUUCCAUAAAAAUCUGUUGUACUCAUGAGACUUCGCUAAACUCAAAUAAGUAUUUUAUUGCACUAAAAGCUAAAAGUAUUUUGACAUUUACUGUUUAAAUGUCACGAAGAACUUGGGGGUCUAGAUGGUGUUUUCCUGACCCUAUAGUGUUCCUUUAAUAGACUUGAAGAGCGCUAUGCUAGUAAUGUUUCUUUUAAUAAUAGGCUUUGAGAAGCAACUGCAUAAUUUAAAAUAAAUAAAUAAAAAAACACUAAUAUCCUCCAGCCCAACCAGUACUUGUAGAGAUCUGGAGCUUCGGCCCUUACAGCCUCCCUCCCCUCCGGCAAUGCCUAUUGAUUGUACUAUUGUCAUAGAUAAAGGUAAAUAAAGGGUUAAAACCUUUGCCCAAGUUUAACCCUCUCAGAGUCCUUCCACGUCUGAGAGGGUUAAAAGCUAACUUCUUCACUCCUGCUUCUGUCAGCAGUCUCUGCAGCUGCUUAUUCUCCUCAUGAAAUGUUACUUUUGUUUUAACCUUGGUAUUCUUAGAUAAGACUUUCUCAAGUAAUUGCUUGUUUUCAUGUAAACAUGCGCAGUAGAGUAAUGUCAUUUUAUAUAUGUAAUGCUUUCCCAGUUAAAGAUGAGAUGAUAUUUGAACUACACGGAGUAAGUCUGUGGUUUUAUUAUCGGUUUUCCAGAGCGCUCGAACACCUAAUAAUUAGGAGCCUCUGGUUAUCUCUUGGAUGAUUUAUCCGUUCUAAAUUUCUAUAUCACUAUUAAUCGAAAAACUGAUGAAACUUUUUAUAUUUAAAAAAAAUAGUACACCCACAUAUAUAUCUUGUAUUGUAACAUAUUUUAAUUCUGUUCUUUUCACAGUUGUCAUGGCAACGGCACCUCAAUUAACUAUUACAACAUUAUCAACAAUAAAUAUAACAACACGGUCACAGGAACAGAUUCUGUAUCAGAGUAAGUAUAUACCUUAAUAUUAGCUCAGACACCUUCUGGGAGCUGACUUCAUAACAAGGGUUAAAGGAAACCUAGAAAGCAUACUGGCAUGUAAUGGUUUCUACAGUUACUUUGACCUUGAUUUACUUUUAAUUACCUUUAAUUCUCACUUUAAUAAAUAAUCCUGAUACUGGAUUGCUGAAAUUAGAUGUGUUUUGCAAAUAAUAGAAAGGAAGAUUUUGCAUUUCUUUUUUGAAUGCGUCAACCUAUACUUUGUUUUUAUAAAAGCAAUGUGUGUCUAUGUAUUGAGGGAAUUAGUUAAUCAUAUAAAGUAUAUUACUACUUUGGCCUUAAAUUGUGAACCUCACUUUGAAUUCCCAAUUUCCACUUUACUAAAUAACCCUAUAAAGAGGCAUAUAGAUUAUAUUUACACAGAGGUGCUACAUGUAAAAUGUCAGGGUUAUUUACCAAAGUAGAAUUGUCAGGAAGUGCAAGAGAAUUUCAAAUUUAAAGGAACACUAUAGUCACCUAAACAGCUUUAGCUUAAAUGAUCACUUUAGGGUAAGGAACACAAACAUGUAUUCCUGACUCUAUAGUGAAAACCCACCAUUUAGGUGGCUUGCCCCCCUCAGAAUGGGUUAAACCAUAGGGAAAGCAUUGGAUUGGCUACAAUCAGCAAGGGUGCGGUGCCAAACCACCCGAAAUAACAAAACUUGUGUCAGUGUCCAAAUAUUUCCAGACUUACCUGUAGCUGAACGUUUGUCCAGUUCUGCUACGUUUGACGUUAAAUGUAAAAUUCACUUUGAAUUUCAAAAAAAAAUUGCACUUUAGUGAAUGACCCUGAUAUUCUUCUAAUCCUCCUAGUAAAACAUUUUCGAAACAACAAAAAAAUACUUGUGAGUGUUUCAUAAAAGUUUCAUCAGUUAUUUUACAUUUUGUCUAGGGAUAGAUAUGCCUCAAGACAGCAUCAAGAUUUGAUAAGUCUCUUAUAAUAUUUUAUACAUCACAUAAUAGUCUUUGAAAUGCAAAACACAGCCAAGACACACAGGACCCAGUUGCCCUUCAGCUUUUUUACACAAUACUGGGUGCAGCACAUACAUUGUUUAUGACUUUAUUAGAUGACUAUGUGCAGAAUGUUUAUUUAUCUGUAGGGCAGUUUGGACGCAUUAGUCCUACUACAGCCUGUCUUAUAUAGGAAAUAAGGUCUCAUUUUUAAAGUAAGGGAAUCACACACAAGUUAAUAAGCAUUUUGAGAGGUGACAAACAUGAGAUCACCAUUGUCAUGCUAAAAAGCUGUUUUCACACUAAAGCAGUCUGCAAGUGUAAUUAUUCAUUUCUGUUUCUAUAGACUUUACACUAUAUAGUAAUAUUUUUGUUUUGGCCAUAAGUUUGAAUGCUGAUUCUUUUUUGAUUGUCUUACAGGUGCAGGUGCAAUAGUUGCUGCCAUUGUCGUCGGUGUCGUUCUUAUAUUUGCACUGGUGCUAAUUAUACUCAAGCUGUACAACAGGUAAAUUUAAUGACUCUUUACCUCUGUUUGCAUUAUGCGUCAGUCCUGAUUUUGAUCAAGAAGCUGAUGCUCAAAGUCAAUCAUCAGCUCAGCAUUCACAAAUUAGCUUGAAAAUUGCUUAUGAAUGUUUUAGAAAUGUGGAGCUACUAAUUUACUCAGAGCCAAUCAGCUAAUCAAAAUACUAACUGUCCAAGCCAGUCCAAGGCUUCUAAUUUGAAGAAUCUGAGAGAAGUUGAAGGAUGGUGCAGAUCUAAAUAGCAUUGGAGAGAAGACUUUAAGGUUAAACCAGUCUCAAAGAAUCUGAGUGUCAUUUGGUUGAUGGAAAUUUUUGGAUGUUGUCGAUGAGUGACUAAUGCUAUUUGUGUACAGCAUGCUUUUAUUACUUUUUGAAUCUUGUUCAUAUCUUCAUUCAAAAAAAAAUAAUCAAAAUUCAUAGCAUUUUCCAUUACUAUAGGGUUACUCAAAGAAUGCUGAAGUGAUUAUGGUUCAAGGAUCCUGUCUGUGCAACAUUUCUGCUAGAAACCCUUUUUUCAAAUGUUUGCAUUUUUAGUGUAUUACCUUAAUAAUUCAUUUAAAAAUAGGGAGCAGUUUUUACUAGUUUAACUUUAAUAUGGGAUCAACGGCAGUAAAAUGUGCAGUUAGGUUAAAUACUGUCAUGUAGGGAACACGUGUGACGACCUCAAUAAUAUCCCGUACAUUAUUUACAAAAAUGAAGAGAUCCUCAGCACAUGGCAAUAAAGGUAUGCGGUUUAUUCAGCCAACAAAGUGACAGACAACGUUUCAACACAUAUAGUCUUUCUCACAAUACAUGUCGAAGCAUUGCCUUUUACUUUAUUGGCUGAAUAAACCUUUGUUGCCAUGUGCUGUGGAUUUUCUUCAUUUUUGUAUUCAUUGUGGCCAGGUUGAACUGGUAUCCUUCCGUCAAGCACUGGCACUUAAAUAGGGAUAGCUUCAAGAGUGCAGACCAUUUCUUUAUUUUCACUUAUAUACAUUUUUUUAUACUAUGUUCUUUUUCUUUCAAUCACCUUUAUAAGCUAUGCAUAUUUCAUUUUAUUUUUUGUCUUAUAACAGACGUACAAGGACAGAAAGAGAGCUGGGUAUGAAAAGCACCAAAAUCACGACUAA